GCCUCGCUUUCUGAGGCACAGCUUAGUCAGUCAGCCUCUCUCCCUCUCAUGUUAAAGCAGGCUGCAGUUUUGUGUAUCAAGGCUCUUCUUUCUCCACUGAAGCAGGAAGAAGCGGUCUUUCUCUCACACAGGGGUGGUUAGCAGAAGUGUGUGGGCACAAGGGUGAAAUGGGCAGCAGCAGGGGCGGCCUGUUCACGAGGCAGUCUGAGGCAGCCCCCUCAGGCAGUGGACUACAAUGGGUGGCUCUGUGGGGUGAGCACACCCCUUCACCCCCAGAGAAGCAGUGGUGUUGAUGGCCUCCAGAUUCCAGUGAGAUCUUACAGGAGAUCCCACAAGAUCUUGCCAUAACCCAGAAAUCUCAGCCAUGUAACUCCGGUAAGCAAGGCUUCAGCUGGGGCUGUGGGGGGUGGGGCAGCACCUUCACAUUUAGCCUCAGGUGGCACAAUUAGAUGGGCCACCAUUGGGCAGCAGCAUGUGGGCAGCGGAGCAGCAGAUGAGGAGAUGAGAAGUGAUGGCAGGCAGGCAUUGGAAGUCUUCUAACUACAGAGAGUAAUGCAUGGUAUCCUGGCACCAAAUGAAGUAGAGAUAAUGGGCGGGGGGCAAAGGAAUGUUGGCUGCACUCCAGGUACAGCAGGGGUGGCAGAACUCCCAAAAGAAAAGUUGCAGGCAGUUGGGCUUCUAACUUUCAGCGUGUGCUCCCUAAGAGGCAGAUUAGGAAAUGCCCAUGUGGCAUUUGCUACUUAUGAUCUAUAUGGAAAUACGUUUUUAGCUAAGUUUUGGAAGGCAGCUAUGCUCACCACUAUACCACCAACGCCGUUUUUAGCUAAGUUUUGAAAUACAUCACUGCGUGUUCUCAGGACAGGGUGAGGUGCACACUUAAAGAAAUAGAUUCUGUUCUCCAUUGUUUUGGUUUAGGAACCGAUGAGGUGAGUAUAAUGGUGAAUGCAAUAUUUUAAAAGUCCCUUUGUUUCAUUUUAUGAAUUUACUAAGUGAUGUGCCCCAGCUCACUCUGUUCACCACCACCCCUACCAUUCCUCCCACAUUAAUUGCCCUGGAGUUUCCCCUUCCCAUCCCAUGCAACUACUGAGCUUGUUUUUCACACACACACACACACACACACCAUUUCUGAAGGCCCUUUGCCCUCCUGUUUCCCCCUUCACCCCAAUGCCUAUGUCUCCUCUCCCUUCCUUUUGUGCAAUGCCCCCUUGCACACCAACCACCCCCAGGGCCAGAAGCUGCAGCCUACUCCUCCCACACAUUUCAACUACUAAGCACCCUUUUCAUCUUGUCCUAUGCUUCAGAUCCAUUCAGGCCCCUGCUUUCAACCUCAAACCCAUUACCAAACCCCCUACUUCCUCCGUUUUUUGCCAUCUCCUUUGCAUCCCCUUUUCACAUUCACUCCCUUUUUUCCCCUCCAUCCCCCGCCUUACUUUUCUCAGCUCUCCCUUGCAGAAAGAUCCUCCCCCAUUUCCACCUCUUCUCCUAUUUCCUGUUGCCAGGCCCCUUUGCAUGCUCACACCAUUAUCACCUCCCUGUUCUUUUUACUACCUCCCCCUUUCUCCUUUUUCCAACUCUCCUUUGCAGACAGGCCACCCCUAUUUCCGUGCUGCUGCCUCUUUCCCAUUCUGCAGCCCCCUUUGCACACACAAACACACCAUGCUGAUGUAUGUUGCUGUAUCUUUAAGACAAAUAGACUCUUAAGAGCAAGCCUGUCAGUUAGCUUGCUCAAUUAGAAAAUGUCAUGCUCAACUGAUAAAUGUUGUACAUAUAUUUUAGUCACAAGCAAACACCCAUGCAGUUUCUAAACUACGUUGAAUCUGUAACUUCAUGUUGAAGACAACACAUGGUACCAGGAGUGAAAUACAUUGUGGGAAGGUACUAUAGAAUAUUUGAGGGCUCUGCAUCCUGAGUAUCUCUCACAUGAAGCUUUUGAUGAAUGGAAGAGGGAGAAGUUUAAAACAGCCAUUUCCCCACUGUACUUAAACAACGGCAGAAGUCUGAGUAAAACUUAAGUGGAGGAACACUGAGGUGAAAAUGUACUUUUGAACAACAGCAGAGAUUUGAGGAAAGCAGAGAUGGAGGAGCACUGUUAUUUUAAAAAACAAAAACAGUGAGAAAUAGCAGAGACAGUACAAUGCAGAAGCUAACACACAGAAAGCUAACAUUGAAAGCCUUCUCCAACUUCCUUCUCAUUGUACUCAAACUCUGUUUUAAACUGCCCCUCGGGUCACCUGCUGCUGACUCUACUCAAACCUCUGCCAUUGUUUUAAAUCGCCACUUUUUCUCUCAGCAUUUCUCCACCCCUGCUUUAUUCAACCUUCUGCUAUUAUUUAAAACCACCAUUUCUCACUGUGUCACUCCAUCACUGCUUUACUCAAACCUCUGUCAUUGUUUGAAACUGCCAUUUUCCUCUCAGUGUUUCUCCACCUCCACUUUACUCAACCUUCUGCUAUUCAAAACAGCCACUUUUUUCCUUUCAGUGUUUUUCCCUUCUCACUGUACUCAAACUUCUCCCUCUUCUAUUCCUCAGCUGCCUCAUGUGUGAGAGAUAAAGGAUUCGGAGCCUACAAAUGUUCCAAUGUAUGAAGGUAUUUACUCAAACCUUUGCUGGUGUUUCAAACUGCCAUUUCCCUCUCAGUUUGCAACCUUACAUUUUUAUGUAUAUAGGAAGAUUUAAUUCACUUCUGUCCUGCUCUUCAAUUCCAAAGUGACUCAGAAAACAAGGAAAAAAACACACACAAAAUAUAAUAAUUAUAGAAUGGCAGAAUGUUAAACCACCCAGAUAUAGAACCUUUAUGAGCACCCGGGGCAAAACCUCUACCUAAUUAAAUGAUAUUAGCACUCUUCCCUGUUUAUUUUGAUAGCUUUUCAAAACAGCAGCUUGUGUUUGCUUUCUGUUUGCCGUGAUUUAUCAACUUUUAGCCAAAAGCGAAAACCAUAAUAUAUAACACAGGGCAGGGGCAAACAGAAGGAUAUAGAGUAAGGACUGCUUACUAUAACACAUUUCUGUUGCCCAAAUACAUCCUUGGUGAUCAGCUUCAGACUGCAAGAGGAACUGAAUGUGUGAGGCAGAAAAACAACACCCUUUUUAAAGAUAAAGAGAGAGAGAAAACUGUAUUUUAGUAAUGUAAUAUUGUUAUGUAUACUGUCAUGGUUUCAGAUACAUGUUGUCAGGGAACAUCAUUUAGGGUGCAAUCCUACAGUCCCUGGGAAGGUAUUCCAGGCACCAAGGGUUAUUGAAGACCUCCCUCUUCAUGGGUGAAGGAAGUGGUCUGUCCCCAGAGACCUUGUUGCAGCCAUCUAUCCCUCCACUGCUGUUGAUGCUCUGAGGGAAGCAGGCAGAAAAGGGCAUAUCAUGGGUGAAUCAAGGAAGGCUUUGUUCCUCUGACAUACACCUGACAAGGGAAGGAAAAUACAUUUGAAGCUGGCAUCCUAUGCUAAAUUUGCCGGGCAUUGUUUCUUUAAACUAAGUCCUACUUUAGAGGUGAUUCUUAGCAGGCAAAUACUUUCAGAUCUGCAACUUUGGGCAGCAGGUAUUCCAUCAGGCUACAGCAGGGGGAGAGAAGACAAGCAGGAUACAUCUCAUUGGCUCUGCUGAAGGGACAGCUGCCUUUGGCUUUUCUUCUUGAAUUGUUUCUUUUCAAGCUGGUCAUUCUAAAAACUUUGGAAUUUUAAGAACUGGUUUCUGAAAUGGGUUUGUUUUCUUCUUCCCACCUGAUUCCCUUUUCAUUUUGCGUCCCGUCUUUCAGAUUCUAAGCAGGCAGGGACUGCCUUCUUUCUUACUGAUUUUAUAUAAGCUGCUUUGGGAGCCUUUCCAGCUGGGUUAAAGAUGCUUUAAAUAAACAAUAAUAAAUGAAACUAUUGCCUGCAAAAAAACCAAAACAAAACAAAACCCUAAAUGGUCAAAGGGUAUCUUUUUCAGUACCCAUAAUAAACACAACAUAUUUUGGGUUGGUUGGCCAUAAAAGAGUGCAGGCAGCUUUUUCACAAAAGGGUGAUCUCUGCCAGUAAUUCUCAGGCUCUAGGGUCAUCACUGGUGCACACCGUAUGUCGUAGUUGUAAGGAAGAGGACUGUACUUGGCAGGUAAUAACUGUUUAGAUGCCAACUGUAGCUCAGGUUUUAGAGAGACUGGGUACCUUGUUAUGAUUAUCAUUACUCUUGGCACCAACAAUGUUAUGUGUUAAUUGCUGGAAGUGAGGCGAGGGAACAGUGAUGCAGAGCAUUUCAUUGCAGUUUAUUGGAGGCAGAAUUAAGCAUAUAAGAAAUGUUGAGUAGAAGCUAUGAUGAGUUCGGUAUUUCUGAGACAAUAUACGAUGAUGUGCUUUCCCUCGUUAUUAUGUGCAAAGAGAAAAUCUAGUUGUGAUAUUUAAAUCGGGUCCUUUUCUUGCAUUUCUACAACAUGCAGGCAAUAUCCAAGCCAUGCUCAGAAUCAGACCCACUGAGAUCAGUGGACGUAAAUCUAUUUCCCAGGGGACUCAGCUACAUUAGUAAAAAUAAAACGUUAUAAAUGUGUUGUAACACUGUGACACCAGGUGGCGAUGUGGAGCUGAAAUAGGAACUCUAUGAAAUUUUCCAUUGUGAGCUUUAAAAUCGUUUUUCCCCAGAGCAUUUUCAGAGUGUUUUUUAUAGCUGUGUAGAUGCCGCCAGGGUCUACUCUAUUACUCCUAUACGUGUGUGUGAGUGUGUUCACAUGACCAUAUUUCCCAGGAUACAACUGAAUGAAUAAAAGAAGUAAUGCUUCUUAAGGUGAACUGAUCCUCUCUGCAUUUAGUAUUUAAGUGAUACCAUUAGCGUACAUAGUAGUUUGUACAGUUACACCGGCAUGAAAGAACUACCAAGCUAAUAAAAAGGACUAAGCUAAAUGUGACAUUAAAUGUGUGAUUGUGUUGAGUUUGCCUAGGCUGUUCCUUGUAAAUAACAGCUGUGUGGAGGAUGAAAGAAGAUAAUCAGUACUGGUAUGACAGCACUCUUACCCAUUCACCACAGUCCUGAUGGAAAUUUCCACCCACCAGCAAAUCUGCUCUUUACCCCGUGAAAGGAAACUGCACUUACCAGCAAAGGAAGCUUUCUUCCUGGGGCUGAUAGCAGCUGUGGUAGGGUUUACUUAAAAUGAUGAUGAUGAUGAUGAUGAUGAUGAUAAUAAUAAUAUCCUAUCUAAGUUUAGCUCAGUCAGCAGGGGAAAUACAGUGGUACCUCGGGUUACAUACACUCCAGGUUACAGACUCUGCUAACCCAGAAAUAUUACCUCGGGUUAAGAACUUUGCUUCAGGAUAAGAACAGAAAUUGUGCAGCAGUGGCGCAUUGGCAGCAGGAGGCCCCAUUAGCUAAAGUGGUGCUUCAGGUUAAGAACGGACCUCCAGAACGAAUUAAGUACUUAACCCAAGGUACCACUGUAAUGUUAUCUUCUAGGUCAAGAGAGCUCACCCUCUGUAGUAUGUUGUCACUUUUCACACAACAUGGGCAAAUGUGGCCAGAUUCUCCAUUAAAUGCCAAGACCCCGUGACUCUCCAGUUCCCAGAGUAACUAGCCAGACAAGACCAGCAGCAUAUAGUUUGGGAGUAAAAUAGGCCACAACUUUUAUUGGGUCUACUCUACAUGUGAAAAGUUUGGCAUAGGCAUUGGGAAAGCCACAUUAUUUCACUCCAGCCCUCCUUCUGGAAGUGCAUCUAAGGGUAAACCCAACUUGGGAGCCUAUGAUUUGCAUCAAAUAGGGGUACCCACCCACUCCACUCCACCCUCUGUAGUGUGCUGUGUGUAGACUCCCACUCUUAGUGUUGGCACUUGUAACACAAGCACAAUGUGUGUGAAUGAGGCUGGGUUCUCUGUUCCAGGACUUUGAACAUCUGCAACAUCAUCCUUCCUCCUCUCUCCCUUCCUUCUAUACCUCCCUUUUGCACCAUUCUCUGAUGCUGUAGUAUGAACAGAAGAAGCAAAGUGCUUCCUAUAAGGCCACUUCUUGGAACAAUGGUCACAGCCAACCAAGAGUGCUGACCCAUCCUUUCAUGCACCAAUGGCUGCCAGGAACCUUGUAUCAUCACCAACAAAGGUUCCAAAUUUUGAGUCAUGCCUUGUUACUUAAAAAAAAAAUUAAAUUAAAAUCUGUGUUAAGAGUUUUAGGGCAACCAAUUCCGUCCUAUUGUCAGUUUGUGCUUGUGAGUAUAGAAGGAAACUGUAUUCUUUUUAAUAAUGCUCACAUGUACCGUAGUUUGAGUUUUUCAACCAAUACUGCUGAUCAUUUGGCCAGUUGUAGUGGCAUUUCAGUUCUAUUUCAAGUCCAUAUUUCUCUCCCCCCCCCAAAAAAAGUAAGCAUUUGUAUGAGUUUCUAAAAUGAUUGAUAAAUGUAACUGGGACAUUGCAGAACUCCUAAACCAAUUAUACUAUUACCGUCUCCAUGUGAAAAUUCAGAUAGUCUUGUAAUAUAUAGUGCUUACUGAUUCCAUCUGGUUUAUAAUCCAUCUAGAAAAGUUGGAAUUGCUGUUUUAAGUGAACCACCCUUAUAUAGUCCUUUAAAUGUCAAUUCAGAUGUUAAACCUAAAGUAUAUUGGGAUUCAUCUACUUAACAGACAUGGUCAAAGGAGACCUUUGAAAUUCAGGCUUUAUUUACUUUGCAGGUGCAUUAAGGAUCCAUUAGCUGUUUUUGUUGUUUUUUGUUUUGCAGUGAAGGGAUUUUCCUUUUGCCGUUAAGCAAAAAAGAAAAAGAAAAAAACCCAACCCUUUUUCCCCCAACACUUGCAAUAAAACAAAGAUUUCCAGUGGUUUCCCUGCAGAUCUUCCUUCCUUCCUUCCCUCCUUCCUUCCUUUGUUUUGCAAUUUGAUUUCAAACAAAAUGGUCACAACCAAAAGACAGUUUUAAACACCCUCUUCCCCCCUAAAUCAUUCUAAUAUCUCACUCAUCUUUCUACUUGGAAGUUCUAUGUUUUUUUUCAUCGAACGUUCCAACAAUUGCUUUUUUCCCCUUUGUCUUACGCAAUCGAAAGUAGUUGUUACCUUUUCUCUUCUCACUCCCUCUUUCCUGUCCUUUCUUCAUCUCCUCUUUUCUCUCUUUCCUCCUUUCCCCUCUCCAUAGAUAUCCCUGUCUCUCUCUCUGAUCCUUCCCCCAUUCCUUUAAAAUGAAUCGGCACACCCUUCCCUCCUUCUGAUCCAGCACCGCUUCUCUGCUCUGCUCAUACCUUCUACCUCCCUCUUUUCCUUUUGCACUCCUCUGCUCUUCUUCAUCUCCCUCUUUUGCCCGAGUGUAUUAGGUCUGGCACUAACGAGCAGGCCUUCUUCAAGGCAUCCUGCCAAUGGGUGGAGAUUGCAGACGCUCUAGUCUCUCAGAGGAGGUGGGGGUGGGGAGGAUGUGCUCUUCUCUGUCCAAAUUCACAUUUGAAAACCCAGCCUGCAAAAACCAUAAAGAAGGAAAGAAAAAUAUCUCAGCAGCAUAAAAGGUGCACCAUAAGCAGUUUUCCUCAGCACUUGGUGUUUCCCCCCCACCCAACCUCCCUCUGUUGCCAUGCUGAUUUUUGGCUGCAUACGGUAUAUUUGUGACACUGUUUCAUCUCUUUCCGCUCUUAAGCAUAUUUCCAAAAUAUCAAAUCCAUUAAAAGGAAUUAAGAGCAUAUGCUGCGGUUUCCAACUAUAACAAGCAUGUGGGCUCUCAGGAGUACUCUGCAAGAGCCACAUACUGUAGUGGAAACGUGGUGUCUCCAUCCCCAACCCCCAACCCCAACCCCAACUAUCUGCUAUAUUUUUUUCUGCCUGCAUUUUGCAGAGGAGAAUGCAAGGCUGGCUUUUGCUCUGACCUGAUUCUGAAAAUAUCUUCACAGGAUCAACCCAGCAGAAAUCGAGUCACUGAAUUAGACCCUUUUGUUAAUUAACCAAUGUGUUCCCCCUAGGAUUCUGUAGCAGGGUAGCAUUCUUAUUUUUUGUAAUUAAUAAAAUAUUGUUUGAAGUAAAACGCUGUGCCCUCCAAUAACACUUCAGUUUGCUUGGAGUUUUUUUGUGUUUUGUUUUUUUUUUUAAAAAAAAGAUCAAAUAGCUUUUAGAACGGCUCAGCGCUUUGUCUCAAGUAGCUGGCAUAUCAAUAAGCUAUUUUUAGGACGCCAAACUAUUGUGCAUUGCUGCGGGGCAAUCUCCAUUCAUUCCAGUGGGAUUAUAUGAGAACCCUGUGGUCAGGUCCCUGUGUCUUUUGGCAGCUCCGCAACAAGCAGAAAUUCACAGUUCCCCCGUCAUUAGAUCUGCAUGCCGGGAAAAGCUUCAUCCGAUCGAUUUCGAUUGGUUAUGCCACCCAUCAAAAUUGGGUUAUUGGGUUGGUUUUGUUGUAUUUUGACUCCGUAUUUUGUGGUUUUUAUAUUCUGAUGUUUUCCUGUGAACCGCCCUGAGACCUGCGGGUAUAUAGGGCAGUAUAUCAAUUUAACAAAGGGUAAUAAAUAAAUAAUAAUUAACGGUCCGGAAGUCCUGCCAGAGGAAAAACAGAUACUGUUCUGAACCACAGGCAAAUCUCACUGAAGGAAAGCACAGCAGCAAGGCGGGUUGAAGGAUUGUGCCUUGGAAAUCCAAAGGCGUGUUCUUUUGAAAGUUCUUUUUAACAACGUAGUACUGUCGUUUGUUUGCAAGGUUUUGUUUGCAUCGAAAAGAGUUGGUGGAGGAAGUGUUCCUUCCCUGCUUAGUAAUUUCUGUUCUUCGUCUUUUCCUUCCUUCCUUCCUUCCUUCCUUCCUUCCUUCCUUCCUUCCCUGCCCAUUUCCUUAUGCAGUACUUCCUUAUGCAGGAGAAUAAAUGGUAAUUAAAAUGAGCAGGAUGAAAAGAUGGAGCAGCCAGUGCUUGUACCACCAGGACCUGACAGCUUCCACUACUUCACUAGAGAGUCUCUUGCAGCUAUUGAGCAACGCAUUGCUGCAGAGAAGGCUAAGCAGUCCAAACAAGACCGUAAAGACGACGACGAAAAUGGCCCAAAGCCCAGUAGUGACUUGGAGGCUGGAAAAUCACUGCCAUUUAUUUAUGGAGACAUACCUCCUGGCAUGGUGGCUACUCCCUUGGAAGACCUGGACCCAUUUUAUCUUAACCAAAAAGUGAGUGUUUCAUAUCAAGUAUUUUACACUGUCCCUUUCCUUUUCCAUUUCCUUGCAGUCAGGCACACAGCCUACAAUUUCCCCAUGUGUCUUUCUGGGAUCUCUGUUACUUGUGAUCUACCAGGUUUGAAAACCAGCAUUUCUGGGUAAGGACAACUGAUUGCACUGCAAGGAUGUUAAUCAUUUGCUCUCAAUCUGUACACCGAAAACUAUUCGUAUUUCAACUCUGCUGGAAAAUUAUCUAGCAAAAAGCUGGCGGGAGACAACAGUGAUCACAUCACACACACACACACACACACACACACACACACACACUGUUCCAUAGACCAAAUGACUGGUUAUUAGCUUCUCAUAUUUUCUGAGACCAUUGAUUAGCUGGGUGGUUGAAUUGUUUGUUGACAACAAUUAUUGUACAUCUAUCUAUCCAUAGCUGUCAUCUUUUCCCUUUUCUUGUGAGGAAUCCUAUUCGGAAUAAGGGAAUUUCGCUUUAAAAAAGGGGAAAGUUGACAGCUAUCUAUUUAAUAUCUCUAUCUCUAUCUAUCUAUCUAUCUCUAUCAUCUAAAUAAAUAAAUAAAUAAAUAAAAGCAGCAGUUUUUUAAAAAAUCAUACAUCAUAGACUGGGCAGUGUGUAUGGAGGUCCUGGGCUACCCAGAUGGCAAGACCUCUCUUUCAGUCUCACGGAUGUGGUCCAAAGGAAAGCAGAGCAGUACUUUAGGCUCCAGCUUGGCUCCUGCAGGAGUUGCCAGAAGGAGGUGUACAAGGCACUGUCCAACUGCCUUAUGGACUCUGCUCCAGAUUUGUGUAGGUUUUACUCCUUAGCCUUCUCUUCUCCCAAAGAUAUCCUGCAAGGCAGUGGAAGUUUAGGAUCAGAGUUUUCCUUCUCCUAGAUGGGCUACCUUCUCAGAUUGACAAGCCCCUUCAGCCCCUCAUUUUCCUCUGCAGCACAUGCAGAAACCACCUUCUUGACCAUUGGACCCAUUGUUAGUCUUGUCUGCUCAAUCCGCUGGAGCCUGUAUUCACAUGCAGGAGAAAUCUCCAACUCACUGAGGUUUUGAGACCCAUCAGCCGUCCUCACCUGGUUUAGUCAGCCUGUCGAAGCUGUUUCUUGGGAUGUGGCCUCUGUCACAUGUUGACAGCUUCUAGGAGCCACAGGUGAAAGCUGAGUGUGGGGUGGGGUGUGGGAUGUUAGGAGAGGUGUAGUACCUCUUGUGAGGUUCACAUCAUGCUCCUUCCCUGGGUACCUUUUCUAACUGAAAUGAAGAAGAAUAUGCUCACUGAAACAAAAGGCAGCUUGGUCAGAUGGUAUGGUCAAAUCACAACAAUCAAAAAGAUUCCUUGUGAAAAAAUGGAAUAAUGUUAAGGGUAUUCUGUGCAUGCACAUACAAAGCAGCUAGUUAUGGGUGCCACACCUGAUCUAUGGAAUGCUGGCUUGAGCAUGGCACUUAUUCUCUCAUGACAUUUUAAGGACAUCCUAGGGGGAAAUGACACUUGUUUUGAAAUAGUCAAACUGUACAAGUUAGGAAAACCAAUACAAUAAACUUGGCAAUGGGUAAUUGUUCAGUGGUAGAAUACUUACUGUGCUAACAUAAGAUCCCAGAUUCGGUCCUAGGCAUCUCAAGAUAGGACUGGGAAGGACUGCCAUCUCAAACCCCUAGUGAGUAUAAGACCCAUUCCUUCCUUUGGUUGGUUAUGAAUUUCCUCCCCUUUGCUGGUUGCAUGUACACAGGAACAACAGCUGUGGCAAGGUAUUCUCCUGAGUUAGUUAUUCCAUUGCUAAUUACUGUUGUUAAAUCAUCCAAGGACAUUUUCACAGAGGAAACAAAUUCUACCGGUUGGGAAGAAGCAAAACUUUUUAGAGGGGGUGAUGGGCUUGUUUAUCCUGCAUACCUGUUUCUCUUCUUUGAAAUUGGAAAGGGAAAUUCCCAACUCGGCAAGAUAUGUUCAUGUUAUUAUUACGAUGAAGGUGCAUAUGGCUUCUCAUGUUGAUAUGCAAUAUUGCAUUUGACUCAAAUGAUGCUUCCUCAGGCUGUGUAUGCACACAUCAGCCUUUGAAGUGCUGCAGUUUGGGGUUUCUUAAAAGCACUUUUGUAGACAUUGCUUUGCAAGCGUCCAUACCUGCAUGCUCUGUAGACAGCAUGAGCAGCUGUUAAAUCAUUGCCAGAUUUACACACAGAGGUUGGGGCUAGGGCACAUUAGUUUCUUUGCUCCCUCCCCUUUUGAUGCCCACGUCAUGCCUUAAAAAAAAAUUAAAAAUCCUGCAAAUUUAUUGAUGUACCAGAAGUCUGCUCAUAACGAACUAAUGCUCAGUUAGUUUUACUGUGCUGAGUGCAUGCCCAGAGGCUUCCUUCUCUUGUACCAUGCAGGUGACUUGGUGACUACAUUUCUCCUUGGGGACAAGCCACUUUAGGUUGCAUCCCACUAUUGACUACUCAUUGUAGAGCCAUUGAAAUUAAUGGUUCUGAACCAUUUUUAUUUGAAUGAGUCUACCCUGAGUAUGACUAACAGUGAACACAACCCUGUGUACAUUCAGAGGCUUCCUUUCCUUCUCGUACCAUGCAGGCAACUCUAGCAAGGCACUCUAAGUAUGCCCAGAGGCUGCUUGUCCUGGCACUUUGCAUGGUGAAUCACCAACUGUCGUGUCUGUUAUAUUGCAAAGCAUUGUGCUACGGUAUCCUCAGAAUAUCCCUGCCCUGGCACCAGGGAGGCAGCGGACAUCACAUAGUUUGAUUUAUCAAAUGAAGAGUGCAAAAAAAAAAAAAAAAGGCACUUCAGGCUUCUGAUAUAUCUGCUCCCUGUUACAUCCAAUAAUUCCCCUGGAGUCAUUGUGGUUGAUUUCUUAAACCUACAUUUUGUUAAGGAGCAGCAUGCAAAAUGGGCAGUUCUGAUCUGUGCCAAACUGCCACCAUAAGCAGUCAAAUAAUAUGGUUCUUGGAGGGCAAAGUUUAUAGUGACUGGAGCAUUCAGUUGAUUAAAGCUUUGGGAUUUUGAUAAACUGGGAUGGUUGCUUAAAAAGUAAUAAAUACUAUAGCAAAAAGAGCCCUUUCCCAAUUCAUUUGAGCACUUGAGUACAGAGGAGAAAGAGUUAAUGGCGGCUGUUUCUGCCCAUCCUUUAAAAGAGCACAAACACUUAAUGGAGGCUCUUUCUGCUCUUCUUCUAAGGAGUAAAAGAGUGAAACCUAUGCAACCCUCCAAAGACUGAAACAUCAGUAUACUCGUGUACAUGGGAGGGAAAAUAUUUGUUGUCUUCAAGUUUGUCCAGAAUACCAAAUGGCUCGGGUACCUCUCAGGUUAAUCUCUGAGGAAGUGUAGGGAGAGGGCUACAUAGGUGCAGUUCAGCAACAUCAUAAGACCCUCCCCAAUAGGAGGUUCUCAGAGAUGGUCUUCACGCACAAGGCAAGAGGUGCUUCAAAAUGUAUUGUAAAAUGUGAGCCAGCUAUUAACUUUUCUACCAAAAGGCGUUUGAGUGGAACAGCAAACAAACGAUAUAACAACAAUAUGAAGAGGAAAAUGCAUCUGCAAAGGGCAACGAAUACUCUUACAUAGUAAAUAAUGUCCUGCUUAUCAGGUAAGUUAUAACAAUACAGCAUUUGACAGGAAAGGAUGUGUUCACAGUGACUGGUUUUUUUUAAUCACUGGGGGAAAUUAAUAAUGAAAGAUGAUUGUAGAACUGCAUGACUUUAAGUUGCUCUCACCUUUUCUUCUUUCUUCCAGACUUUUAUAGUAUUGAAUAGAGGAAAGGCAAUUUUCCGAUUCAGUGCCACUCCUGCCCUAUACAUUUUAACUCCUUUCAACCCUAUUAGAAAAAUAUCUAUUAAGAUUUUGGUACAUUCAUAUCCUUUUCCAGUUGUUGUUUUUGAAACUGUUCCCUUGUUUUCAUAAGAUAGCAAUCUACAAAUGUGUUCUUCAGUUUCCUCGUGACCAUCCCUGUUUCUAAUUUUACAUGAUUAGGUCUAAAAUGAAAAUGUUUCAAACUUGCUUAUCAAAAUUCUCAAAAGACUUUCUGAAAUCACCUUCCUACCCUGUCACAAAUACCUAUGGAAUAGAUUAGUUUAAAGCAAAUGGAGCACACAGGUUAUUCCAUUCCUCUAGUUGGGUAUCAAAGCUCUACUGUACAUACGGUGCUCCCACAAAUCUGAUUAACACUGACCUCAGUGACAGCUGUCAUUGGAGCUUCUGCAUGGGUAAGAUGCCCGUGCAUUGAAAUGUACAGUAUAAGGUAAAGGUAAAAGACCCUUGAAUGGUUAAGUCCAGUCAAAAGGCGACUGGGGUGUGGCGCUCAUCUCGCUUUUCAGGCUGAGGGAGCCAACAUUUGUCCACAGACAGCUUUCUGGGUCUUGUGGCCAGUAUGAGUAAACUGCUUCUGGCGCAACGGAACACCGUGACAGAAACCAGAGCGUAUGGAAAUGCCGUUUACCUUCCUGCCACAACAGUACCUAUUUAUCUACUGGCACUGGUAUGCUUUCAAACUGUUAGGUUGGCAGAAGCUGGGACAGAGCAACUGGAUCUCACCCCGUCACUCAGAUUCGAACCACUGAACUUCUGAUUAGCAAGCCCAAGAGGCUCAGUGGUUUAGAUCACAGCACCACCCACGUUACCUUUUGUGUGUGUGGGUUUGUUUUGUUUCUGAAAUAAUUUUUAUUUGAUUUUACAAGUAUAAAGUUAUAAAAAUAACACAACACAUAUCCACAAUUAAGAGAUUCCUCUGAAUCUCUGGACUUCUCACCUUCCCCUCCAUGGGUUCUGUUGUUAAAUCUUUUCUACUGCAUCUUUUCCAUUACUCCAUAUUUCUUUAUAACUUCUUUAUCUCCAUGAUACCCGUUACAUUGCAAGUGUUGUUGCAAUCCUGCUAAUGUUUUCAUCUGUUUACAGUGGCCUCCAAGAUAAAUUAUAAAAAAUUUCCCAUUCCUUAUUAAACUUUUGGUCUUCUUGGUUCCUGAGCUUUCCAGUCAUUUUUGUCAUUUCGGCACCCACAUUACCUUUUGAACUUUAUAUGUGCUAUGUAAUUGGUGUGAACAGCCAUUCAGCUACUGUAGUAUGACACCAUUGAUAAAAUCCUUUAAAAUGUUGUAUCCUUGGAACAUGAUCCUGGAAGAUGCUAGUCUUACCAUUUAAGCACCCAACUGCAAGCCCAAUCAGAGGGGGAGUGGCCAGGUGGUUAGUGUUAAUGCUGUGUCCAAUGCUUUGUCAAAAUAGAGAAGGAUGUUCAGCAGCAGCAGUAUUUUCCUUAGGUCAUGAAAUGGUCCAAAUGUAUUACAGUGGUACCUCUGGUUGUGAACGGGAUCCGUUCCGGAGGCCCGUUCGCAACAUGACCAGAAUGCAACCCGUGUCUGCGUGUGCGUGGGUCGCAAUUUGCUGCCUCUGCGCAUGCGUGUGAUGUCAUUUUGCGCAUCUGCACAUGCGUGAGCUGCGAAACCCGGAAGUAACCCUUUCCAGUACUUCCGGGUCGCCAUGGGACGCAAUCUGAAAAUGCUCAACCUGAAGCAAACGUAACAUGAGGUAUGACUGUACUUUGUUUACUUGGUAUGGUUCAUCAGUGACAAAUCAGAUGCACAUAUAACAGCCACCAAUGGAAGACCUUCUUAAAGCUACAAUCCUAAUCACGUUUACCUAGGAGAAAGGCACACAAUAGAACUUACAUCUGAGUAAACAUGCAUAGGAUUGUGUUGUAAGUCGGCUAAGACUAGCAGACUUUCUCUACACAAUAAACCACUGAUUUAAAGUAGAGUUUCCUACAGAUGGUAUAAAUUUGUAUCAUUCGUUCUGCACUACUGUAAGCCUUUCAACUGAUGCAGUGCUGUGCUGUGCCAAAAUCUUCGCCUGCGCUUCAACCAUUCUCUACCAAUUUUAUGACAAAAGAAAUUGAAUUCCAGAAUCAGGAAAGGGAGAGAAUUUUUGGGGGAGAAAUUCUCAUGGCUUGGGUGGAUGUAAGACAUUUGUUGUACUUUCCCACAUUCCAAAAUGGUCAAGAAGUGUUUGUGAGUGUCCUUCCUUUCACUUUACAAAUCUCUCCAGUGGUUUGCAUUCUCCAGUAAGGAUGGAGGAGAAAUUCAACACAGUUCGCAUUUCAAGGUGAGUCUACCUAAUCCACAAUUUCUGAAAUAAUAUGAGAACAAAAACACAGCCUUCCUUCAAAUUCCAGUUUUCUGAAUUUUGCAAUGCAGUUCUCCAACCAAGUAGCACGAACAAUCCCACCCUGGAUUUUGUGGUUGUGUUUUUUGUAAUUGCAAGUAUUUAUAUAUUUGCCAAAUAGUUUUUAUUAGUCUUCCAAAUUUUAACCAAUCAAUACCAAAUUACAUCAAAUUUAAUACGUUUUUUUUCCAAAAAGUUGACUUCCUGCUCUUCUUCCUAGCUGUGUCCCUAUUUUCCCCAAUUUACUGCUUCGUAUUACAAAUUUAUAUCCCAAUUCACAUUUCAACCCUUAUAUCUAAUCUUAAAGGUCACAUUUUCCAAUUUAAUUCUUGUUCUUCUUCUCCCUUUCCCCUUCGCUCUUAGCUGUCCAGUUUACAAUUCCUGCUUGUAUACUUAACAAUAACUUAUUCCCUUAUACAUCAAAACAAAAACAAAUGAGGUCUCGCAGCGUAAUUGCAAGUAUUUAAACUGUUUUUAAUAUUGCAUUUUAAAUUGUAAUCUGCUUUAGGGUAAAGUGCUGGUAAUUAAUUAAAAUGGGAAUGAUCGUCAUAUACUGGGCUAAAUUGUGUGUAAAAAUAGAUAUUCUGGUAAAAAAUAAAACACAGAACUGUUAUAUUAGCGGAAAUUGCUUUGCAAAAAUAUCUAUCUUGGGCAAAAUUGCAUGCAAACGUGUAUUGGGAUAAAUUUGUAAUGAAAUGCUGGUGUAUUUUCAUGAAGACUUUUUAAAAAAAACCAAACACAAACUGAUGUGGAAAUGUGGUGAAUGGGGGGGGAAAUGAGAAACGGGAAAAACCAAAAUGGACAGACUUGCCAGUUCCUACUCUCCUUCCCCUGGAAACAAAAUUGUUCUACUUUGCUUUAUUAUUGCUGACAAUCAAAUUUCAAAAAAAGAAUGUAAAAAGAGGUGUUACUGCACCAAUCUUAGAUUCCUGAUAAUCAGUCUCCCAGGCCUCCCAUGUUUAAAAUAAAGCUCAAGGGAAAUGUGUAAUGGAGAGAAAAACUCACAUGUCACUCAUGACCACUUCACAAUGUUAUGAUAAGCCCCACCCACCAUAACAGCAAAUAAGACUGGUGUGCCCUGAGAAAGUGGUAGAAAAAUGGAAGUCUGUUUCACAAAGAAAGAAAACUUUUGAUAUAUUGAAGGGAAGGUUUUGGCACAGUAGGCAUACAUAGGUUUUAACAACCGAAAGUGUAGAUUAUGAAGCGUUUAGAUUUGUAUGCAUUAAUCACUUUGCAAAUGGUAGAUGCAAGUGGCAUAAAUUUGUCAUUUCGCAAGUACAGUCAUACCUCGGGUUGAAGUAGCUUCAGUAGCUUCAGGUUAAGCAUUGUCGGGUUGCGCUCUGCAGCGACCUGGAAGUAACGGAGCGCGUUACUUCCGGAUUUCGCCGCUCGUGCAUGCACAGACGCUCAAAAUGACAUCAUGCGCAGGCACGGAAGUGGCGAAUCGCGACCCGCGCACAUGCGGAUGCAGGUUGCGUUCACUUCAGGAUGCGAACGGGGCUCCAGAAUGGAUCCCAUUCGCAUCCAGAGCUACCACUGUAUGCAUCAGUGCUAGAUUGCACCAUUCUAAUUCAAGAAGUCAACCAAUGUUACACUUUUUUUUUUAGCUUCGCCAAUUUCAGUGAGGAAAAGAAGUUAAACACCUGCUUCCUCCUUUUUGUAAACUCCUUGGCUGAAUGAAGUAUAAAAGUUUGCUUUUGGCUGGCUCAGAAAGUAAGCUCGACUGGUUGAGAUUGUGCUUUCCCAUUCUCAUGGUUGACAAAACUCUACCUCAAAAAAAUCCAGAAUCAAAUGAUGCUUUGUAAGACCAAUAUAUUACUUGCGUUGUGGAGUAUCUUGCUGGUGAGGAUCCAUAUUUUAUUCACAUAUACCUCACUGUGCUGUUGGCUAAUACAAUAAAAAAUGCAGCUAGAAAAAAAAUGCAAUUUAGUAGGGAAAAUUAAGUUUGUAGAAUGAAAUAUAUUUGAUUUGGAAAUUCAAAGUUUGUGGUGCCAUCAUGUGGUCAUGUUUUAUGUUGUGUAUGGAUAAACAUAUGUUUUAUGUUGUGUAUGGAUAGAUGUGGGUGGCGCUGUGAGUUAAACCACAGAGCCUAGGAUUUGCCGAUCAGAAGGUUGGCGGUUCGAAUCUCCACGACGGGGUGAGCUCCUGUUGCUCGGUUCUAGCUCCUGCCAACCUAGCAGUUCGAAAGCACGUCAAAGUGCAAGUAGAUAAAUAGGUACUGCUCCGGCGGGAAGGUAAAAGGCAUUUCCGUGAGCUGCUCUGGUUCGCCAUAACCUGGAAGCUGUACGCCAGCUCCCUCGGCCAAUAAAGCAAGAUGAGCGCCGCAACCCCAGAGUCGUCCGCGACGGGACCUAAUGGUCAGGGGUCCUUGUACCUUUACCUAUGGAUAAACAAUGACCUUUCGACAUUGUAGCGCAGAGUCAAACUACGGAACUUGGUCCCCCAGGAGACAGUGAUGGCUGCUAACUUGAGUGGCUUUCAGAGGAUUAGACAGAGGAGAGGGCUAUCGAUGGCUACCAGUCAUAAUGACUAUGUUCUGCCUCCAUUGUUGGAAGCAGCAGUGCUUCUGAAUACCAGCUGCUGAAAACCACGGGAGAGGAGAGUGCUCUUGCACUCAUGUUCUGUGUUAAGUUGUGGGUGAACAUAUCAGACAACACAGCGAUUCUUCAAACAGCUCUUGUUUAUUCACAGGCCAGGACAGAACUGAACUGAAGGGUUCAGUCAGCCUGCUUAUAUAGAGCUCCAGUACAACGUAACUGUAACAAUUUUCUAAAACUAUCCAAUCACUGAACGACACUUUCAAUCCCUUAUUUGCAUAACUAUCUACAGUAUCCCCCUGCUGGCCCAGGGUGAGAACUUCAGUACAUAACAUUCUUCUUCCUAGUUUCCCACAGGCAUCUGGUUGGCCACUGUGAGAACAGGAUGCUGGAUUCGAUGGCCCAUUGGCCUGAUCCAGCAGGCUAUUUUUUUGUUCUUAGGUUUUUAUUAAUUAAAGAUGGAUUGUUAUUUUUUAGCUUGAGCCAGAAGAAAUCUGACCCUAAAUCAACAUGACGCCUUACUGAAGUCGUUGCACUCCAGUUCCCAUCAUUCCCUGCCAGCAUGGCCAAUGGUCAGGGAUGAUGGGAACUGGAGUUCAGCAACAUCUGGAGGGCACCCCAUCGGCUACCCAUGUUGUAUGCAAAUACUCUUCUAUUUUUGGCACACCCUAUCCAGUUUGUGACUUUCAGCAUCUAUGUUCAUUUUGCUGGAACUUGCAGUUCCAUGGAUAGCACCAGUUUUGCACAGCAGCUGCAUGUAUAUCACAGCUUUCCCUUUCAAAGUACUUUGCUAUUAACAUCCUGUAUUGAGUACACUUGUUUUCUUACUAUUUGAAAGCUCUACUGGGGUCAUUCUAUAGCUUUUCAUAUUCACCUUAGCUAUUGGAAUUUUCACUACACCUGUGACCGUUUAGUGAUUGUGCUACUUGUAAUAUUUUUUAAUUAAAACAAAAACAAAUUUUCAGAGGCCUCAGUUUCUGCUGUGGCUGCCUGAGGCAUAUCUAUAUGGGUUCUGAGAUAUUUCUGUCCAAGGAAUAUUGACUCGAGUGAGUAAUGGUCUUUGGUGGAAAUGAAUUCUAUUGUUUCCCCUUAUCUAAAUAAUGCCUGCCCUUAUCUACAUUUACUAUAGUCCUGGAUUUCAAAAAAAUAAGAAGUUAAUGUAUUGUCCCAUAGUUGCUUUUUAAACAAAUGUAUUGAUUUAAUAAAAACAGAACAUCCCAUUAAUUUUGUGUUUUGUUGAUCAAUAAUUAUAUGAUUUCCCGCUGUAUGUUCCUUAAUGAUAUAAUCUACAUUAUUCAGCAUGCUCAUUAUGUGCACUAUUUUGACCAACUGCGUAUUUAUGACUCUGAGUAACCCUCCUGAUUGGACAAAGAAUGUAGAGUAAGUUGAAUAUUAUUAAUAUGCAUGUUUGCAUGCUUUGUUGUGGACUGAAUUCUACUGGAGCUAAUACCAUUUUUAAGAUAGAUGUAAGGUGCAAUUUGAUGGUCCCUGGAAGGGAAUUCCAGAGAAUUCCAGCCACUCUGGGCGGCUUCCAACCAAAUAUUAAAAUACAGUAAUGCAUCAAACAUUAAAAGCUUCCCUGAACAGGGCUGCCUUCAGAUGUCUUCUAAAAGUUUGGUAGUAGUUGUUCUCUUUGACAUAUGGUGGGAGGGUGUUCCACAGGGCGGGUGCCACUACCAAGAACGCCCUCUGCCUGGUUCCCUGUAGCUUGGCUUCUUGCAGUGAGGGAACCGCCAGAAGGCCCUCAGCGCUGGACCUCAGUGUCCGGGUAGAACGAAGCUCUGGCCCAACCAAUAUCAGAGCUCUAGUGUUGGUAUGGCCAAAAGGGAUGGAGUGCUAGGGAGCGGGUACCAGGGAGCAGCUUGGACCGAAAGGACCCAAAGUCUCUCCUGGGCCCCUAAUACCACCCCAGGAGGGAAAAUUAGACGUAUUCUUCCCCUUCCAACAUAAAUGCAUCAAAAAAUGAGAGCAGGAAUGGCUUUAGAAAUGCAAGAGCCUUCAUCCAACUCCAUCCUCACUUCUGCCCUGCCAACUUGAGCUCAGCAGGGCAUUGGCUAAAGUAGUGAAGCUGUUUUCAUACUUCUCAGCCACUCAUUUAAGGAUUGCAUCCUGUAGAAUGUGGCUAGGAUGCAGUGAGCUCACAGGAGUGCAGAGCUGGAGGGGAUCCACCUCUUCUUGCACAGUCAAGGCCUGUUCAGCCAUUAUACUUACAGAUAAGGAGAGCAAGCAUGUAGGGAACUGGGCUGUGCCAAGUAGUCCCUCCUCCUGGCACCCACACAUGCAGCACAAACAUCUGAACACAGGGAGGGAGCUUCUACCCAUACAUACAUUGUACAAUCUAGAACCCCUGUUGCUUAAGGUUCUACACAGUAUGGAAGUCUAAGAACAAAGGUGUCUUUGUACUGUAUACUUGGAUGUCAGGCACAUGGGCCACUUGGCGUGGCCCAGGUCUGUGCUCAUAUGUUUUCCUUAAUUGUAAGUUUAAUGCUUAAAGAAGACUUACGCUCAAGAGAAUGGGCUGUCAAUGGUUGCAGUGGACCCUUCCUGCUAUGUAUAAUUAUCUUUAUGCCACAAGAGGUGACGGCCGCUAGCUUAGACAGUUCAGAAGGGGAACAGGUCAACCAAUAGAGGGCUAGGUCUAUGGACAGGCAUUGUCCUAUAGUCUCUAAAAGGAAAGUCCAUGAUCAAAGACAGCAUGGCUCUGACAACAGAUACCUGAGACGAAUGAUGACUUGACAGCCUUAGAAAAAGAUUUGUUUGCCCAGAUUUAUUUGUUUAUUUAAAAACACAACAUUUUAAUUAACAAUGAAUAUUUUGACUAUUUCGCCCAGGUAUACAUUCACAGGAAUAUAUACAUUUGAAUCACUUAUAAAAAUACUUGCAAGAGGAUUUUGUAUAGAUGGUUUCACCUUUCUUCGGGAUCCCUGGAACUGGCUGGAUUUCACUGUCAUUACAUUUGCGUAAGUUUUGUGUUCCUUUCUUGCCCAUCCCCUUUUUGUUUCUUUUGCAUGGAGAGCGUACAAAAACCUAUGAUGUUUAUGGUAAUACGAUGUGCUUUUCUCAAUCGGGGUGGAGAAAAUAGAUUCUUCAAUGACUAAUGACUGGAUGCAAUUUUCUAGUGACUGGUGCAUGUUAAACAGUAUAAUACUGUUAUACAACACCAAGGAAUAUGAAUGUGAAUAGGCAAAUAGAUAUAGAAGAAACUUCUCUGUACAAGUUUAUUUUUGCUGCCAACAUAUAACCCCCGUGUUCAGGCUUACAGCCAACUGGACUGGAGAAAAUAAAUCACAGCAGAUUAGAGAUUCUUCUUUUGUCCUGUGGGUACUUAUAACACACAAUGAAUCAGGGUUUGCAGCUUAAGAAGUUCAUGUGGCAAACUAUUAUCAGUGUUGAUCUUCCAGAAAAAUCUGCUGUUUGUUCUUCCCCAUCUUUAAUAAGGAUAGUGGCAUUGUAUGUUUGUUUUUGUGUGAAUCCAUAUAUGGUGUAAUACUAGCAAAGUAACUAGUAAUGUCGAUUGUGGAAUUCAUGGUACACUAGGAGUAAAGUUAUUGACAAAGAAGGUAAUUUCAAGUCCUGCAAUUUUCCCCUCCUACCAAAAGAGGAACACCUUCCCCUUUCUCUUCACAAAUGACUUUAAUUAAAAAGUUAAGCUUUCCAAGUAAAAUCACUGUGGCUCAUCCCCCCCUUUCAUUUAAAUGUAAUAUAAUCACCGCUGAAAGACCUUAAUGAAAAGCAAACUGCAGUGAAAGGUAAACAUCUCAGUGUCGCUAUUUAAUUUUUUUCCACUAAAGUUACCCAAGGGAUCUUGAUGAAAGACCCCAAGUAAGUAGCAAAACAUCUGCCUCGAUGCUGAAUAACUGUGAUUUGAUUCUACAGGUAUAUAACAGAAUUUGUAAACCUAGGCAAUGUUUCAGCUCUUCGAACUUUCAGAGUGUUGAGAGCUUUGAAAACUAUUUCUGUAAUCCCAGGUAAGAAGUAAGUGGUGUAAGGUGUUAGGUCCCUCGUGCCUCCCAACUGUUCCUUUUUAUCCUGUCAUUGUGUUUGUGUGUGAACUCCCCUAUUGCAGAUAUGUGACAGAGUUUGUGGACCUGGGUAAUGUCUCAGCGUUGAGAACAUUCAGGGUUCUCCGGGCAUUGAAAACAAUAUCAGUCAUCCCAGGUGAGAGCUAGGUUAAACACAGAGGCUGACUCUCAGACUUCAUGGAAAUUCAAACCACACACAUUCCUUCACCAUAAGCCUCGUUGCUUGCUCACUCGAGAAAAAGCAGGACUCAUGUUUCGGUAGCAAUGAACAUUGUGAUCCUUUGCUUUUUGCCAUUUGCUUUUUUACUUUUGAAACCAGCCUUUGCGUUUAACAUGUUGUUGCAUGAGAUUACGGCAGUAUACACAGCCUGUGUGAUUUGCAUCAUAUAAUGUCAAGCUUUGAGGUCAAGCUGUGACAGAAAACAUAAUCAUAACUGUGACCUUUUUUUACCCAUGUGUUUUUUACCUACAUACUGUAAAACUGUAUUUGCUCUUGGAUUUUUUUAAUUUUACGAAGACCAAUAACUGUAUCACAAUUGAACUUGUUGAAAUAUCUAAAUCACUAUUGAACGCAAAACAGUAAGAUUAAAAAAUAAAAAAUAGCAUGGUUGUUGCAUGGGAAAUUUAUUAUCUUUUUCCAAACCACCCACAGUUUCUUAGAAUUAAGUCCUAGUAUGUUAUAUACUCUUUUACUUAGCAACAUGUUAUAAAGCUAAUUCCAGUUGAGGGUUGGGUUAAAAGUGUUGACAAUUUUCUUUAAAAAUCCACACCUCUAACACUUCAAUCCCAGAUCCUAAACAUAUUUAUGCAGGAGCAAGUUGCAAUGAUUUCAGUAGCACUUCUUUCUGUGUAAAAUUGUUUAAUCUUGGUACGGUAAGAUUUGUUCUGUAUGAAGCUAAUGAAAAGCAUGAUUAAAAAUCACUUGUUUUGGCAUUAAAACAAGUUGUUUUCAAGAAUUAAGUGCAGUCCAUUUUCAUUCACGAGUCCAAUAAAUAUAAACUUCCAGUGACCUCAUCUCCACAAGGCGCAUCUUCACAAGCAAUAGAACCAUUGUUAGUUCAUAAAAUAUCAAAGUCAUUUAUUUGGGCUUCUGCAUGGUUUUUUAUUGGGGGCAGGGACUGUUACUGGGGUAUGUUGUAUUUUUAAAAUAUGUGUUUGUCAUCUUCCUAACAGUGCUCUUCUGCUUUCAGGCCUGAAGACAAUUGUGGGAGCCCUCAUUCAGUCUGUGAAGAAGCUGUCAGAUGUAAUGAUUCUGACUGUAUUUUGUCUGAGUGUAUUUGCUCUAAUAGGGCUCCAGCUGUUCAUGGGCAACUUGAGGCAUAAAUGCUUGUAUUGGAAUCCGGCCAAUGCUACAAAUUCAAGUGAUCCUUACCUUAAUAGCACAUUAGAAGAAAAUCUAGGAGAAAAUGGUACAUUUAAUAGCACGCCGUUUGACUGGACUGCAUACAUACAAGAAGAAAGUAAGAAUGUAAUUUUAUAUUGUUAUUUUAAAUAGUAAUAGUAUUAUCAUUAAUAAUAUUAUAUUGCAGUGUGUGGGAUUAAAUAACCAUGACAUAAGUAUUCAUGACAUAAGGAGGUUGGGAGCUGUUGAAAUCCCCUCAGUUUAAUGCUUUUCUAAAUAGAAGCUAGCCCUUUUUACAGUUUUUUCCAUCAGGUCACUAGGACACAGCAGCCUAAGCCAUAUUCCACAGGGACUGAAUUAUGACCCAAUUCACACAUAAUGCUAAACUAAACGAUGACUUAGUGCAACCAUGCAGACUUCCGGAGAGGAGAUGAUGACCACUUCGCUUCUCCUUAAGUUCAGCUGCUGCUGUUGCGCAAAGCCAUUGUUUUUGCUUAGUGUGCUGUCUGAAACAGCGCUCAUGCUUUCUCUUCAUCUUGCUCUCAGCUUGUGAUGUGAAGAACUGAUCUCAGGUAGGGUGUUCCCUAGCUAAGAUUCUUCCGUGGCUACCAAAGAAGCCAAGCAAAGGUUGAGGGGUAGGGAAGAGAUACAGGAAGGAAUGAACAUUUAGCACCUCUUCCUGAGCUCUUCCAGCCUGAAGAUGUGGUACUUCUGCCAUCCAUUCCCCAAUAGCAUCAGAAGAACAAAUAAAGUCAGGGUACUAAAUAAACAUCAUUUAUGCUUUCAUUGUUUUUGUUUGCUUUUAAGAUUGGUUAUUCCUGUUUGGUCUAUUGACCAUGGAUUCGUUCUUUGUAAAGUUUUUCAUGAUUUUAUUAUAGAAUACAUGGUGCUUAUUUUAUACUUUCUUAACUUUAUUCUUUUGCUUCUAUUCAUUAGUCGGGACAUACUUUCUCUAGUUUGGUUUUCCCCCAUUAGGGUUUCCAUCUCCUCAGCCUUCUAGAAGCCAAGAGUUUCAGAAUCAGAGAGGGUGCCUUUAAAGAGCACCGCCAGCUCCCUCAAGGAGGGAAGGCCAACCACAAAACAGACCUUGCCAGAUUUCAUAAGGCUUCUAGUGGCUUCAUUAGUGGGGCAACAUCCCUUCAUGACCCAUAAUAAGGGGAGAACCAGCUAAGAGAGCUCACAGAUAGCUUUCUGUGGUCCUGAUAACACCUGUCAGAAUCUGGAUGUAGCUUGCCGAAUCAUCCUGACUCGGCCUGAUACGACCCUGCUUACCAGGACUAGACAUUAUGUGACCGUAUAGAAGAGACAUUACUUGAUGUGACCUUACUGAAAUAAGUUGCCCGUCGAUUCCUCUGUGAGGCCCAAGCCACAAUGGAACAGGAUAGGUGGCACUGAUGGAAAAAGCACUCUCCUUUGUUGCCACCAGCCUGACUUGCAGUGACAGAAGAGUCUUGGUGGAAGAUCUUGAGAUGUGGCCACAUUUGCAUGGGAGGAGGUGGUCCUUCAGGUACCUAAGUCCCAAAAAUAAUUACAAAGAAGGAGCGCAUCUGAAACGCCACCCUUCCACUGUUAAGUUUUAAUCAUUAUUUACUCUUUCACAGUUAACAUACUUCUUUAGUACUGGUAAUUUUUGUGCAUUUCACCAUGAGUGACUAAGGGUGACCAAGAUGUCAGUCUGUGAAAUGCUCAAGAAAUGGGCCACUUCUGCACUUCACUUAUAAAAACAGGACAUCACACUGUGUGUUUGUGUGUGUUUUUUGUUUGUUUUUUGUAAUAGCAGCACUUCCAAAAUCUAUUUUUUGCCCUUUUUGCCUUCUUUAAUUUCACUUGGAGGCAACUAUCACAACAGUUUAAGCCGCAGAGCUUCUAUUUUAAAAUGUAUGCCUGUGACAACAUGAAAUUCACAGUGCACAGAAGGGCAUCCCCUGGAGAAACUGAGAAGAAAGGUUCCAGCUUCCAUUUCCUAAAGGGAUCGAUAGUCUCAUCAUUUCUGGGAACAUGUUAAUCACACUUUGUAAUGACACAAUUGCUUAAGCUGUAGGAGGGCAAGCCGCCUACCAGCCUCUUCUGUACUUUUCUUGCAGGGAAGAGGGAUGUUUUACCAUAUCUUAUUCGGGUUCCUUAGAAUUACUAUUUUGAGGUAAACAGUGCCGUCUCAACAACCCUUGCCUUCCCAUCCAUCCCCAAGAGGUGCAAUAAUUGUGGAAAAACAGUGAAAGCUAUAGAAAUUGUCGUCCAUAUGCUUUUACACUUGGGGGAGGGGGACUUGACCACUUUCAAAUUUAUGUGUAUAUUUAGUGACUAAAAUGGUUUAGGGUGUGUUUUCGCACUUCUCAGGCUGCUGCAGGUCAAAGUGACCUGUCCGUAGCAAUGGGGGAAGAAAUUCAGUUUGGUUUCAUGGUUUAAUGUGAAUCUGUAUUUUUCAAAACAACACACAAGCCAAAGCUAUCCUCUUGAAAUUUGCACUUUCCCCAAUUUUGCAAUGUUCUCCAACCCAAAAAAAUGUGCGCAAACAUGCAUCAAAAUUGCAAAUAUCGUCACCAUAGGGGUGGGAAUUGGCUGUGGGUGCUAGAUCCAGUCCAGUUUUCCAUACAUCGGCACUUGGUGGAUGAUGCCUUAUCAUCCACUGGACAGCGUGACGAAUCUGUUUCGCCUUCCAUGUUUCACCAAGACCAGAUGUCUCCACUGAUGUGUAUGCACAAAUCCUGUCCUGCCUUAGCUGAUGUCCUCAGACAGCUGACCGAGUUCAGGAACUGGAUAUAGAUGUUCUUGGUUCUCUUGUGCCAAAGCACUUUUCAACACAAUCAGGGUGGUUAUUUGCGUCUCUUUCAGUAUAGUCAUAGCUACAGAGAAGACGAGGGGAGGAGGGUAGAGGGCAGAAUGACACAGCCUGUGUAUCAUAAAUAAAUGUAGCAUGCUAGGUUUGAUUAGGAUGAAUCACCCAGCCUGAAAGAGAAAGCAGCUUAGUACAGUUGCAUCUGACACUUUGGUGAUUGUGACCAUUACUCUUCCAUGACAAUAACACAUUUCUAAAUAAAGUAGAUAGUAAUUUUCUGCCACCCGUGGCUAUGCCCCCAUUCACAAAGAAUGAAAUUACCACAGACAGAUUCUUACAGAGCAGGGGUGCCCUCAGAGGCCUUCCCUGAUGCCCGCAGUGUCCCUUCCUACUAUGUUUUCAGUUGUAUGUGGUGCCCAUGACAGUUUCUGUGGGCAUUUGCACCAGUACAAACUGGUGCGCAAACAGCAGGCAGAAGGUUUUUACUUUUCUUACCAUAACUUUCCUUGGCUGCCCAAAAUCAGGUCAAUAACUAAACCCACUCCCAAGCUGCUCUAGGAAGCUACACAUUUGCUUAUUACAUGCAAACUGAGCUAUUGAGUGUCGCUCUUUAUUGUUUACUUCAAGUUUGGAACCAGGUAUGUUAUGGGAUGAUGGUGAAACAGAGGUCACAAUUAACUCUGUGAUUCAACAACUGGGUGUAAGCCAUGCACCGUAUUUUUCCGUCUAUAAGACGCCCCCGUGUAUAAGGCGCCCCCUAUUUUGGGGGACUCGGAUUUAAGAAAAUCCACUCUCAGCACUCUCCGUGUAUAAGAUGCCCCCUAAUUUUGGGCAUUAUUUUUUAGGGGAAAAACCUAGUCUUAUACACAGAAAAAUACGGUAUUUGUAGCCUAUGGGAUGGGUCAGGUCCCCAGAUAGUUCUUAUGGAGUUCUUGGAGGAUCUAAGAAUCAGUUUGUGAGUUUCAUUUUAUGCUCUAAGGCACUCCAUAUUUAAUUCUUAUGUAACAAUCAGCUGAAAAGUUGGCUAAAUUCCUUAUGCAUUCACUCAAGCUAGAGAUCCAUUAAUUAGAUUGAAGGGUAAAUUUAACCACUUGCUACCAUGAGAUGAACUUGGUGAUGCCUCCAUUUAUUAUGGGACAAAACAAUGGAGCAUCCUAAAGGCAAUAUUAUUUGUGAUGGCUCCAGUGACCUAGUUUUUCAUUGUGCCUACUCUAUAGAACUGGGACCUUUUUAACAUCCAGCAAAGUUGUUGGUGUCCUCUUUUUAUGACUUCCCUCAAUACCCUCGUUCUCUUUGGACAGCCUCGUAAGAUUACCCACCACCAACUGCUCUUUCCCUUUUCACAUUGGAAUUGUUGGUGAAAGGGUUCCAAGAAUGAAGCCACAGAGAAAAAGAAAAAAAUAGAAAUAGAAAUAGAAAUUAUUAUACUGUAUGAUUCAAAAUUGCUGGGUUAUUUUCUCCUAAUGUUUUGAAAUAAUUUUUUUUCCAAACAGGUCAUUUUUACUUUCUGGAAGGACAAAAUGAUGCAUUGCUUUGUGGCAACAGUUCUGAUGCAGGGUAAGACCACCUCCUACCAUUAAGCUUUAAAAAUACAAAGUAAAAACAGGUUUUAACAUUGUUGUGUACCUUAUAAUUGAUAACUAUAACCUGACAUGGUGUAUAGCUGGAGGGUAGCCAAUAUGGCACUUGCUAGAUGUUUGUGAACCCCUUCACCCAAUGUCCCUGGCCACUGGCCAUGAUGGUCCGGGCUGGUGGAAGCUGGAAGUCCAAGAACAUCCAAAAGGCACCGCAUUGGCUACUCCUGAACUAGAGAAUUGGAUUUGAUCUGCUCUGAUUUAGGCUUCUUUUUAAAUAAUUUGAUUGUGGUCAUUGAUUAAAUAUGUCAAAUUGGAAAUGGGAAGCAAGAGACCAAAUUUUUAAAAAAUGGGAAACCUAGACUUGAAUCUUACCUUACUGGAAGAUCUAAUUCUCAUCCUGAAUGGAUGUGAAGAAAGCAGAUAGCUGGUGGUCCCAAUGGAGCAAGAGGGAGAGAAGGAACAAAAGGCAAGGAAUUUGGGUUAGGAACUUCCUGUGCAGGGUAGGGCCUACCCACUCAGCUAUGCCCAUAUGUGUAUCCAUUGCAAAGUAGGCAUUUCACUAGCUUUGAUGCCUGGCUGUUUUUCAACCUAACAUCUUUUUUUCUUUUUCAGUCAAUGUCCGGAAGGAUACGUGUGUAUAAAAGCUGGUAGAAACCCAAACUAUGGCUAUACAAGCUUUGAUACGUUUAGCUGGGCCUUCCUGUCUCUCUUUCGACUGAUGACUCAGGACUUCUGGGAAAACCUUUAUCAGCUGGUGAGAGAGGAUAAUUUUUGUAGCGAAAGCUUAACAUAUAUGCUGGUUUCAAAACAAAACCUGUGCAAGUAACCUGAGUACAAAUAUUGUAUUGGCUUACAAGAGUCACACGGGGAAGGGUGUUGCAAACUCAUAUAUUACUUUUUUAUAUUAAAAAAACCCCCUAUUGUUUUCUCUAGACAUUGCGAGCCGCCGGCAAAACGUACAUGAUCUUUUUUGUCCUGGUGAUUUUCCUGGGCUCUUUCUACCUGAUCAACUUGAUCUUGGCUGUUGUUGCCAUGGCCUAUGAUGAGCAGAACCAAGCCACCAUGGAAGAAGCUGAGCAGAAGGAGGCCGAGUUCCAGCAGAUGCUGGAACAGCUGAAAAAGCAACAAGAAGCAGCUCAGGUAUAUUUCUGAUGGGAAAUAAUUGAACAUAAUAAUUGAACACCGUUCUAGCUGAAUGUAUCAUUUAGAAAGCUGCCGUGCCUUAAAGGCGUUUUCUUCAGUUCAACCAGCUCCCAAAAGAUACUGUGAAAAGAAAUCUACCUGAUAUUUUGUCUGGUUUUUAUGAUAUAUAUUUCCUAUUUAAGUCCUGCCCAGGUGUUUACCAUAGUUUGAGGGAAAGAGGGUACUACACUCCCUGGCCUGACCUUAACCUUAAUUAGAGUAUUAGGGGGGUGGUUGUAUUGUUGGCUGCCUUGGCACCUUCAGGUGAAAAGUCAAGGUACACAUUUUCUAAAAUAAAAUAAACGCAUAAAUAAAAUUCGGUGCAGGUGCAUGUAAGGAGAAGUAUAAGGCACAAAACUGAAUAUGUAUAAGGAAAAGAACCAUUUUGAUUUUAUAAAACUAAAUCUAUGCCUGGACUUUUCUUAUGGAGUUUCGAGUGUUUUAAGUUUAGAAACGCUGUUAUUUUCAUGAGGCCAGCGAAAUAAAACCCCACAAUGCUUUAUGGCAGGCAGCGGCGACAGCAGCGGCGACGGCAUCGGCUGAGUCGAAGGAUCCGAGCGCAGGUGGCGGCGUAGGGGGGCUUUCUGAAAGUUCUUCUGAAGCGUCCAAGUUGAGUUCGAAGAGCGCCAAAGAGAGGAGAAACAGAAGGAAGAAAAGAAAACAAAGGGAACAAUCUGGAGGAGAAGAAAAGGACGAAGAUGAGUUUCAUAGAUCUGAAUCAGAAGAUAGCAUCAGGAGAAAAGGUUGCCGGUUCUCUAUUGAAGGGAACAGGCUAACACUAGAACGGAAACACUCUUCUCCCCACCAGGUAUCUGAGUAUUUCGUUUCUCUGUCUUUUAGUAGUAACUGUAGUAUAUUGCCUUCUGGUAUUGCUAAUCUAAGAAUGACCUUUUUUGCAUGGCAGACUGCUUAAAAUUAAAUGCAGUAUAUAAAUGUGGUCUACCCAGUGCUUUUUUAUAUAAAAAUUUUUUUAGGGGUACUCUCAUUUUGACUCAAGAAAAUCACCAUUUUAUAGUUCAAAUCGGGGGAAAUCAAUACAGUAAAGGGUAAACGGACAAUAUUAUUAUUAUUAUUUAUUAUUAUUUAUACCCCGCCCAUCUGACUGGGUUUCCCUGGCCACUCUGGGUGGCUUCCAACAAAGAUUAAAAAUACAUUAAAAUAUCACACAUUAAAAACUUCCCUGAACUGGGCCGCUUUCAGGUGUCUGCUAAAAGUCUGGUAGUUGUUUUUCUCUCUGACAUCUGGUGGGAGGGCAUUCCACAGGGCGUGUGCCACUACCGAGAAGGCCCUCUGCCUGGUUCCCUGUAACUUGGCUUUUCGCAGUGAGGGAACCACCAGAAGGCCGUCGGCGCUGGACCUCAGUGUCCGGGCAGAACAAUGGGGGUGGAGACACUCCUUCAGGUAUACUGGACCGAGGCCGUUUAGGGCUUUAAAUGUCAGCACCAACACCUUGAAUUGUACUCAGAAAUGUACUGGGAGGCAAUGUAGGUGGUCUCAGCGGCCGCUCCCAGUAACCAGUCUAGCUGCCGCAUACUGGAUUAGUUGUAUUUUCCAGGUCACCUUCAAAGGUAGCCCCACAUAGAGCGCAUUGCAGUAGUCAAAGCAAGAGAUAACCAGAGCAUGCACUACUCUGGCGAGACAGUCCGCGGGCAGAUAGGGUCUCAGCCUGUGUACCAGAUGGAGCUGGUAAACAGCUGCCCUGGAUACAGAAUUGACCUGCACCUCCAUUGACAGCUGUGAGUCCAAAAUGACUCCUAGCUGCGCCCCUGGUCCUCCAGGGGCACAGUUAUCCCAUUCAGGACCAGGGAGUCCUCCACACCUGCCCACCUGCUGUCUCCCCAAAACAGUACUUCUGUCUUGUCAGGAUUCAACCUCAAUCUGUUAACCACCAUCCAUCCUCCAACCACCUCCAGACACUCACACAGGACCUUCACCACCUUCACUGGUUCUGAUUUGAAAGAGAGGUAGAGCUGGGUAUCAUCCUCAAAGUACAAAGAACAUGCAUUACCUCAUAUUACACAGCUGACAGCUCACAGUAACUUCCACAUUGGCGUGAGGUUGUGUGCACUAACAUCUUCCCGAUUCCUCUGCUUGCUCUUGGUGUCCAUCACCAUCGGAGGUGGUAACAACCAAAUUGACCAAUCACUAUGCUAGAUUCCCACUCCUACUUCACACAUUAAACGCUCGCUUCUGUCUGUGACUCAGGAAACACUGUGACAGGAAAUGAGGCCACCAUUGGGGGUAGCAAUGGAACUGACGAUUCACUGUGCUAGAGAAGAAACUAAUUUUGUAAAUAAUUUUUAGUUUCUUCUCCCGUUAGAUUCACAAAAUGUUUAGGGGUGUGCAUACCCCUGUGUCCCCCCAUAAAAAAAGCACUGAGUCUACCAAUUUAAUGUAUAAUAAUGAUAAUAAUAUGGAAAUUGACAUGGUGUUUGAGAAUCAACGGGUAAAGGGAGGUGGGGAUCUGCAUUUUGCUUAUCCUUUUUCGGACCUCUGUACAUGCUCUAUAGCUAACUGCCAUGUUCUCCUGUGUUUCUCUGCAGUCUUUGCUGAGCAUGCGUGGCUCCCUGUUUUCCCCAAGGCGCAACAGCAGAACGAGCCUUUUCAGCUUCAGAGGUAGAGCAAAGGAUAUAGGAUCAGAGAAUGACUUUGCUGAUGAUGAACACAGCACAUUUGAAGAUAAUGAUAGCAGAAGAGAUUCCCUUUUUGUGCCGCGCAGACAUGGUGAACGGCGCAACAGUAACAUUAGUCAGGCCAGUAGGUCAUCCAGGAUGCUGGCAGUGUUUCCAGUGAAUGGGAAGAUGCACAGCACUGUGGAUUGCAAUGGGGUGGUUUCCUUGGUUGGUGGACCAUCUGUUCCUACAUCGCCUGUUGGACAGCUUCUGCCAGAGGUGAUAAUAGAUAAACCAGCUACUGAUGACAAUGUAAGGAAGUUUUAAAUAGUUCAGGCAUGGUGGCCUUUUCUUAAUGCACCAGCCAGUGUGUCUACAGAAUGGAAUCCCUUGGGAAUGAUCCUUGGUUGGUCAAGCUGUGAAUGCUCCUGCAUCUUGUAAUACCUUUUUAUAUAUACUAACAAAAUCAAUUUAAAGCAUAAUUUUUGCAAAACAAGCAGUGGAGAGAGAGAGAAAAAAUUGUCUGGAGAAUGUGCAAAAUAUAUUGCUUUGUGUGUUUUAUAUUCAGAAAACCUUGCUGGAUCCUACAUUUAUCUGGCUAUGAAUUAAUUGUAUCUGGCCAGGUCCAAUAAAAAAAUCAUCUUACUCCACAACUAAGAGGAAGUUAUAACUUUUGGUACCAUAUGGAUUCUGACACUGCCUUGGUUGUACAUAAAUUUGAUUACAUUCUGUCUCGUGAACAUCAUUACAACAUACAAACAACGUGGCUAGAAGUUCUGGUUCCCCAAACAUUGGUAAAAUCACUCCAAAAUUUCACUUUUUAUAUUUAGCAUUUUCAUGCAUCUUUCAACCUGAUGCUCCAUUUUUGGCUGACAAAGUAAAUAUGAUAUUUAAUUACCACAUUGAUGCACACACUUUUCAAAUUACAAAUAUAUGUGCACAUAUCUGCUGUCACAUAUACACACACUAUAUGUUUCUAGCUAUCUCAAUAAAAAUUAUAGGACUUUUCUGUGCUGAUUUGGAGAAGCAUGACAAUGCUGGAUUUUUAAUUUUAAUUUUAACUUUUAUUUUGAUUUGGUUUGAAUGAAAAGCUUGCUAUCCAUUUUAAAUGCGGAAGAUAAGCAAGUGACAUGCCUUUUUUUCCUUUUUCUUUCUCUCAUUCUAAUUUUUAUUUAUAACCUGGGAUUUAUGCUGUAAUCCUAUGUGUGGGAAACGCUCACAAGUAAAUGAUCUAAGGGUUACAGCUGUUGACUGAUUAAUUCCAAUUCAUUUCUUCUCCCACCAACUGUUCUCUUUAAAAGAGAAGAGUAAAAGGUUGUUUUACAUAGAUCUUGCGCCUAGUAUGUUGGGGGGCGGUAUUUCCCCAUUUGGCAAAGUCUAGCAUGCUCUCCAAGGCUGAAUUCCUGCUCAUCUUUACUUGGAAGCAAAUCCCAUUGAAAUCAAUGCAUAGGUUGAAACGUAUGGGUAAGUGGGACUUUGCAAUGCUAAUGAACAUAAGCAAGGCAGUUUAAAACGCAACGAGAACCCAUGGGAUGUUCCCUGAGAGUCAUCUGAGAAGUAUAACAAUGAAGUAACUGAGAUGAGGACAGCAUGUUUCUUACAAAUACUUUUAAGAGAUUUUUUAAAAAAACAAAAAAAAUACCAGGUUAAUAAUACAAUAAAUAACUAAGAUUUGGCAUGAAUAAUUAAGCGUAACUCAAAAGCAUGACGCAUGUAUGCCUUCAGACUUAGACAUUCUUCAUAUAAGCUGCCAUGCUCAACCACUGCUUUCAUGAUGAUCUUAUAUUUCACUCUUUCUUUUGCAGGCCACAACCACAGAGACGGAAAUGAAAAAAAGAAGAUCAAGUUCUUUUCACGUUUCUAUGGAUUUUUUGGAAGACCCUACUCUAAGAGAGAGAGCAAUGAGUAUAGCUAGCAUAAUCACAAACACCAUGGAAGGUAUAUACAGAGAAAGAGAGAGAGAGAGAGAGAGGGAGGUUCCUUCAAAUGUACUAAACGUGUUGCCCCAAACUACUCUGUAAUGAUUACCGCUCUGUGAAAUGCCAGGAUUAAUGCACAAGAUUGUGGUAGGUUACACUAGGCUUCCUCAAAUUCUCGACAGCCCAGCAGCAGAAAUGUAAGAAUACAGUUUGGAAAUGUAUGCUGGAAGAACAUGUUAUGAAACAGUGGGAAGGGGAAAGAAGGAAGUCCCAAUUUCUGGUGAAACUAGAAGUCAGAAAGUUAAGCAACAGCAAAGGCGUCUCAGAGGAGGGUUUUUGUAAAGGCAAAGGGUUGUGCACAUGGAACUGGAAUUGUCACCUUUUUUAAACAGGUGGAGUUAUCACUGCUUUAAAAAAGCAAGUCUAUUGCAAGGAAGUGUACCUUAUGCCCUCCUGACAAUGGCCGGAUUCGGCAUUGUGAGCGCAAUUCAAGUUCCUAGUAUUGACCUUUUAAGAAUUCUAAGCACCUGUGAUCCCCCACUACCUGAGGAAUUCCAUGUGGACAUAAUAGUCCUGCUGGCUUAGGUGAAAGGUUUAUCUAGUCCAGCAUUCCAUUUCCUAUGGUGGCCGACCAGAUGUCUCGGGGAAACUCAAAAGCAAGGCAUGAGAUCAAUAGCCAUCUCUCUGCUAUUGUUCCACAGCAAUUGACAUUCAAUGGCAUCAUAUUUUAGAACCUGUAGAAACCAUUUUGCCAUCGUGACUAGCAGCGAUUGACAGACUUAUCCUUCACAAAUUUGUCUGCUCUCCUUUUGAAGCCUUCUGACCUGGAGGCCAUUGCUGAGUUUUGUGGCAGUGAACUGUGUUGAAGAAAUACUUCGCCUGUCUUGAAGCGUCUGCUAGUUAGCAUUAUGAUGACUUUGGCUUCUAAUAUUAUGUGGGAAGAGAGGGGCUUCUCCAUCCACGUUCUCGACCCCCUGCAUAAUUUACUGUGUCCCUUAUCUGCCAUUUCUGUAAACAAAAAAGCACCAAACAUUGGCUAUGUUCAGAAGACACACUAAGCCAAACCAUGGCUUAGCAUGAAUGUGAUAGCAAUCUAGGAGAUUGCAGUCACUUUGCUUCUCCCCAGACUUUUUCGGUCACUGUGGCCCAGCAGGUAAGCCAAUUUUUGGCUUAGCUUGUUGUUUGACCUCAGGAUCAUGUCCAGGUCUCUCCUACAAUCUGUAGCUAAGUUUGUAGUCUUAAGUGGGAGAGAACUUAAAUCGUGAUCCUGGAUUCAGAUGAGACACUAGGCCAAACCUUGGUUUAGCUGUCAUCCUGCCCUGAAAUUAAAAAACAAACAUACAGAGAAGAGCACAGCAAGCAUGAGCUCCCCCUGAGCAGCAAGUAAUUUUUCUGUGGACACUAUAAGCUGUAUUCUGGCUUAUUGUGAUGUCAGGCCAUUGUAACUUUCCAUAUAAGAGAGCCACUGUUCAUUUUGGUUAUUCUUUUCUGUAUGUUUUGCAGCUCAACAAUGCCCUUUUUGAAAUGUGGUGCUUCUCUGUGUCCAUGUCUCCAUAUUUUAAGAGAAGUUCAUUCAAUGAGGACAUGGAGCAGUGACAUAUGCACUGCUAUAUUUCUAGAAAAAAAAGGUUCUGGAACUCAUCAUGAACACCUCUCUUGUUAUUUUAUAAUGACAGUGGCUCCCACCUGACUUCCGCUGAGUUCUGGCUGGAAAAAAAGCCCUGGAUAUAAGUGUGUGUAUUGUGAGUGCUUGACUAGGCUACCCUCUUUUUCGUAGACCUUCUAAGUUCCCAGACACCAUUUUUGAGAUCGUACAUGACUCAGCCUUUCAUCUUUUCUUCUUAUUUCUUUAUCUCUGGACUCAGGUGGACCAGAGGAAGCAGAAACAAUAGAACCAUCUCUCUCUCUCUUUUUGAUUUUGUCUUAGCCAUGUUUGAGGUGGCAUUUCCUGAAUUAGGAAGAGUCAGCAUGAAACAGUGUGGUCUUCUUUUUCUUUUUAACAGAACUUGAAGAGUCACGGCAGAAGUGCCCGCCGUGCUGGUACAAGUUUGCAAACAUUUUCUUGAUCUGGGACUGCUGUCCAUGUUGGCUGAAAGUAAAGCAUUUUGUUAACAUCGUGGUGAUGGAUCCGUUUGUUGAUCUUGCUAUUACAAUUUGCAUUGUUUUAAAUACCCUUUUCAUGGCAAUGGAGCAUUACCCAAUGACAGAUGAAUUCAGUAAUGUGCUUUCUGUUGGGAACCUGGUAAGUCAUCCAUUGGAUAGUGCAUGAGAUAUUUAACUUUUGUUUGUUUAUAAAGGCUAAGUUAAAAAUUGCAUUCCCCACCCCUACCCCUUUAAUAAAGAAACUAGUAGUGGAGAAUGCUUGGAUAGCUGUGUAUGCCAAUACAACAUACAGGAGGUCUCAUUUCGAACUCAUAUAACUUUGUCUUCAUAAACCCUUUAAUAUAAAGCAGUUUUCUUCAUUGUUCAUUUUCAGUGUAGUGGAAUUCUGAAUUAUCUAGAUCAAAGGAGUGUAUGGCGGAAAUAUAAUUACAUAGCAAUACUUUCAAAAGCAGCAACAAUGGCUACCCCUAAUCACACUCCCAAGAUGGCGCCUCUGACCAGAAUAUAUGAACAGAAAGAUCUGUCUAGAAUGCUGCUUCUGAAUUUAAAAUUGUCUUCAAGAUUAGGCGUCAUAGCUAACUUAAGUCAUACUCAGAGUGGAACCACUGAAAGUUAGUACUGAUUUCAGUGAGUCUACCUGGAAUAUGACUUAGCUGGACUCAGUCCUAGAUGUUUAAUAAUGUGAUGACUGAAAUCCAUUGAUGCUGACUACUGUAAUGCCCUGCUUGUUUUUCUGUUUUAGCUAUUCUUAUGGGGAAAUAUGCACAGCGUCUUCUGCCGCACUAGCACAAUAUUGCACUUGUGGCAUUGGCACAUUUGCCAAUGAUUGACAAAGCCAAAGUUCUCUCAAGGAUGGGGGUAAAUUAAGUCUGGUUCUCACAGUAAUGUGAACCUACUUAAUUUGCACUUCCUGAAACAAUAUACAGACUGAAACUCAUCCAUCCUUUGAAAACCACACUUUUCUGAAUUUUGAGAUGCAGCUCUCCAGUGAAAUAGCAUGUACAAAAAUGUGUGUGUUGUGGGAAGGGUGCAUAAAUGGCAUGUAUUAUUAGUGAAAAACCAUGUACAAAAUGCAUCUGUGUUAGAGGAUAAAUACAUUGGAAAUGCUGACAAUUUUUUUGUGAGAAUAUAUAUAUAUAUAUAUAUAUAUGCGCAAAUUGAAUUUAAGAUUGGAAAAAUGAGAAAGUGAAAUUGACAGAUCUGCCUAACUCUGGAUGCCAUAUUGCAAAUGUAUCCAGGGAACAAAGUAAACAGUGAAAGGUUCACAAUCUAGAUUUGGAGAGAAGCAAAAUCGGACAGUUUGGCUCAGAUUCAAACUUUGCACAGGACCUACAGAUUGAAGACCUGUCUGAGGAACACUCAUGGUUGAAAGGCUGGCCGUAUGUUCUCCAAAAACAGGGAAUCUAAUGCCCAGAAAGGAAGAUGAGAGUUGGAAAGAGACAAGACAGCUCAGUCAUUUUCAGGGCAACCAUCAUAGAUUAUUGUUCCAACAUUGUUAGGUUUGAACAGUGGCUCAAAGUACAGAUGACAGACAUGGGAACGUUUUCCCUCAGGGCCAUUUGCCAUGUGUAGUGGCCAAUGUGCUGUUGUGUAUGCCCACAUGCUGCUUUUAGAAAAAUCAAUGAAAGAAUCCAGUACUAAAAGAUGUAUGAACAAAGACCUCCAAAAGCAUUUGUAGGCAUGCUUCAUGUAGCCAUGGUCAUCUUCUGUAUGUCUGCUGUAAUUUUAAACUUUUGCAAAUUCAUGUAUUUGUAUUUCCCAUUUAGGUUUUCACUGGAAUCUUCACGGGAGAAAUGUUUCUGAAACUAGUAGCCAUGGAUCCCUAUUAUUACUUCCAAGAAGGCUGGAACAUUUUUGAUGGCUUUAUUGUCACCCUUAGUUUAGUUGAACUUGGCCUGGCAGACGUGGAAGGACUGUCAGUUCUUCGGUCUUUCAGAUUGGUAAAUUGUUUCAACCGAUAUGUCUAGCCGAUGUUAUUGCUGAAUCAUCUUAUUUCCUUUUCCAUGAUUUUAGGAAUUCUGAGAAUCUAAAAAUAAAAAAUGCUGUAGAGCUAUCUUAAAUGGAAAACUUACAUUAUAAAAGACACAGUCCAGUAAAAGUUAGUCAAUACUAAAUCCCAUUGAAACCAAUGAUAUGGCAUGCAUUUACUCAACAAGUUCCAUGAGUUUCAGUGAGCUGUAGGGCCAAGAUUCAAGUCAGAUAUUUAAACAAGGGUGUUUAAUCUGGACACUUCGAUUCUGGAGAGAAAUUUGUCAUGGGGUCCCUAUCUGAAACCUCCCCUGGGUGUUGACUGGGGACCCAUGGCAGGUUUCUGUUGAAAAUGGGCUCCUCCAGGUUGCUUUUUAUUUCCAAAAAUUGAUGUUUACUGCAAACACUACCUAUGAGGGGACAAAGAGAAGCCAAGUAAGAGACAAUUUUUUAACUGAAAACUGCUUUAGGGUCCUGAUCUAUAUCAGGAGCCUGUUCUGGAUCAGAGCUUCAAAAUGAAUUGAUUAGGUUAACCACCCUUAUUUAAACGUGUGACUAGCAUCACAUAUUGUUUGGCCUAAGGAAGUGCGCACAAGUUUGCAGGCUUUCAGUGCAAUUCUACGGAGAAUUCAUUUGAAAUAAAUUAGUUAAACAAGAUUUAAAUCUACAUCAUGUUUGAAUCAUGGCGUUACUAAAGCCCCAUCAAUUUCAGUGGAACUUAGUGGCACUUAACUUUUUCCGGAGUGGGCCACAAACUUUUUCACAAGUUUGUAUUCACCCUUACAGACAACAUUUGUCAAUUUACCUUUUUUGUUUUCCAGCUCCGGGUUUUCAAAUUGGCAAAAUCCUGGCCGACGCUAAAUAUGCUGAUCAAAAUUAUUGGCAACUCUGUGGGAGCUUUGGGAAAUCUGACCUUGGUCCUGGCCAUCAUUGUCUUCAUUUUUGCCGUGGUGGGCAUGCAGCUGUUCGGCAAAAGCUACAAGGAAUGUGUGUGCAAGAUUGCAAAGGACUGUGAGCUUCCGCGCUGGCACAUGAACGACUUUUUCCACUCUUUCUUGAUCGUGUUCCGAGUGCUUUGCGGAGAAUGGAUAGAAACCAUGUGGGACUGUAUGGAAGUUGCAGGUCAAGCCAUGUGCCUUACAGUAUUCAUGAUGGUUAUGGUGAUUGGAAAUUUAGUGGUAUGUAACUUUUUUAAAAAAUAUUCUAGAUCUAUACUGAGUCUAGCAAAUAGCCUAGACUGUUUCAUCAAAGCUCUUAAAACACAUCCAUUUACAGGGGAGGUUUUUCAGAUAAUCAGUGAACAAAGUGAUCAAAGUUUCAUAUUCAUUUUAACACUAGAAGCGAUCGGCAAGCGAAAUCAUAGUUACUAGCUUACCCCAAAAAAUGUUUUUCUAGCAUCCACUCUUCCCUCGCUUUAUACACUUUUGGGCCAAUAUAAAACCUUGCAAUGACCUUGAGUAGGAAUUGGCAAACAGUAUCACGUCAAGCUGUGCAGACAGGAGAGGAGGAGAGCAGUGAAUGGACUUGCUAGUAGGCAGUUUUGCUGGGAGAGAUGUCAGCCCUUAAUCUCCUUCAUAGUUGCCUACACUAUGCAUGAAUCCCUUCUGAAUCUACAACGGUAGGUUUAUGUACUGGGCUGCAGGCCUUUAUCUCAAACAUGUUAUUCCAGGGCAAUACAUAAACUGAGCAAAAAUUAGGAUCUUUUUCUCUCCCUCCCCUCCCUUUUGUUUAGGUACUGAAUCUAUUUUUGGCAUUGCUGCUGAGCUCAUUUAGUGCAGACAACCUUGCUGCCACAGAUGAUGACAACGAAAUGAACAAUCUCCAGAUUGCUGUGGCAAGAAUAGAUAGAGGAGUAGACUACAUGAAAAGAAAAAUCCGAGAAUUCAUCCAAAAGUCCUUCGUUAAAAAGCAGAAAGCUUUGGACGAAAUCAAGCCCCUUGAGGAGCUAAAUAAGAACAGCUGCAUUUCUAACCAUACUAUUGAAAUUGGUAAAGAUCUGGAUUAUCUUAGGGAUGUGAAUGGAACCACAAGCGGCAUAGGGACAGGGAGCAGUGUGGAAAAAUACAUCAUUGAUGAAAGUGAUUACAUGUCAUUCAUAAAUAACCCAAGCCUGACUGUGACUGUGCCAAUAGCUCUUGGAGAAUCCGAUUUUGAAAAUUUAAAUACAGAGGAGUUCAGCAGUGAAUCAGAUUUGGAAGAAAGCAAAGAGGUGAACCUUUAAAUACUGUUAAUCUACUUGAUCUAGUAAUAAUAACAACAAUCUAUUUCUGUAUUGCUUUUUAGGAUUUAGCCAGUGUCAAAUUAGAGGAUUUUUAUUAUUAUUUCAUAUAAUUUAUAUCCCGCUUGGUUGCUUAAAAAAAAGACCUCCUUAAAGCCCUUCAAAUGUAACAAAGAGCACCCAUAAUGACUUUUUGUCAUCUACUUCAUUGAUAUUGCUGCUGUAAAUUGAAUCACAUGGUUUCAGUCCUGUCGCAAGUUGUGUUGUUUGUGCAAUUCCUAAUCCAAGGGCAACUUUCAUACAAAUGACGAUAUAUAUAACAUCUGAUAAAAGUUACCAGAAACACUAGAUACAGGUAGGUAGCCAUGUUGGUUUGCUGUAGCUGAAACAAAAUAAAAAAAUUCCUUCCAGUAGCACCUUAGAGACCAACUUAAGUUUGUUAUUGGUAUGAGCUUUUGUGUGCAUGCACACUUCUUCAGAUCCUGAACACUAAUAAGCACUAAUGAACUGUGAGCAGUCACGCAAGGAGUUUUGCAGACCUGAGUGUACUCUUGUAUCAAUGUUGUUGUUUUUCUCCACCUUUAUUUUUUUCUUUAACAGAAGCUAAAUUCUUCUAGCUCAUCCGAAGGAAGCACUGUUGAUAUUGGACUUCCUGCCGAAGAACAACCGGAAGUAGAACCCGAGGAAGCAGCUGAACCUGAAGCUUGCUUUACAGAAGGUCAAUAUUCAGAAUCUGAAAUGUUUGUGUGGCUUCUGGUUAGCUUUCUCGCUAGAAGAGAUGAGCUGUGAUGGAAUGUGAGCCAUCUGUGGGGUGGCUAAUGCUUUUUUGGUUCAGGGCCACAUUCUCUCUUGGCCAACCAUCCUAGGCAGGGGGCACAUAUUCCCGUGGUGUGUCCACAGGACAUAGUUGCAGACAGGCAGACAUUUAUAUAAGCACCCACCCACCCACACAAAUUCAGCUGAUGCAUGCAAUGGCGCAAAAUUGUUAGGUGUGCAAAAUUUCAGCACAGUGCUGCCUCAGUACAACUGCACACUUCUGUUGCUGGCUCUGCUGAAAAUGGCUUCUCCAUGCAAACCAGGAAGUGGCCUUUCCAGACAAUGGAACAGCUCUUCUUUUCUUAUUUCUGCAGCUGCAAACUCCUAGGUGAUACAGACACAGUUGAAUGUGAAUGUGUACUCUGUCCAUUUCUCUCCUUCCCACCCCACUCCCUCCAUGGUCCCAGGUGCUGGCAACCCACACUAUGUCACUGGAUGUACGUAGAUUGUCUGAGGAGAGGGUUAACAUUUGCUGAUGCCACUACAAUCAUGGAAUCCUACCCGCCCCGCCCCGCCCCAAAAUUGCCUAUGAAGCUAGACCCUGCCCCCAUAUGGGGGGGGGUUAGCCACCCCUGUUCUACAGGAAGUUAAUAUUCUUGCAGAAAGACCACAGCUUAAUACAGUGAUAUCUUGGUUUACGAACUUAAUCCGUUCCAGAAGUCUGUUCUUAAACCAAAGUGUUCUUAAACCAAGGGGUGCUUUCCCAAAGCAGCGGGGGACUCAAUUUGCACUCAACAGGAAGCGGAACAUGUUCUGCUUCCAAGGCAAAGCUCACAAACCAAAACACCUACUUCCGGGUUUGCAGCAUCCUUAAUCCAAGUUGUUCAUUAACUAAGCUUUUCUUAAACCAAGGUACCACUGUAAUUCAGAUGUCACAGUGGGAUAUGUGAAAGUAAUUAAUAUCAGGAGGGUUUUCCUUCUGUCUCCUCAAAAAUCUAAUUUAUUGUUUCAGGUUGCGUGAGAAGGUUCAAGUGCUGUGAUGUUAGUGUAGAAGAAGGGAGAGGAAAACAAUGGUGGAAUCUUAGAAAAACCUGUUUCCGAAUUGUUGAGCACAACUGGUUUGAAACCUUCAUUGUCUUUAUGAUUCUUCUUAGCAGUGGUGCGCUGGUAAGUGAAAACAGAAGAGACGUUAAAAACAAAUGUUACUUUAAAAAAAUUAUUAUUAUUUGCAUAGUAGGUACACUACAUCACAUUUUCGCUUUUAAAAUUAUGGAAACUGAAUGAUAAUUUCACUUGUUGCUAGUUGUCUCUAGCACCCAUGAAAUACCUAAUACAAGUGACCAAUUCGCUUUUGAUUAAGACAAGACACAGAGAGAAAAUAUGUUACCUAAUGGAAGUACAGGGCAAAUAGGAAAUAAGUUGUAUUAUUUAGACUUGCUGCAGCUCACCCAUUCACUGGUGUAUGAUAUUAGUCUCUGCUGUCUACAGUUUGUGUUUUUAUAAAGUAGGGAGGGGGAACAACUUCAUAGAUGUCUUGCAGAUGGACUAUUAAAUAUUAUGAGAAUUCCAAUAUGGCCAAAAAAUUGUACCGUGCUGCUUCUUUAUAUGAGGAAAUCAUUUGUGUUACAGAAAUAGCAAGAAUGGCAGGAGUGUAUGGCGUUAUCAUUUAUACCAGAGAUAAAAGAGCGUCUCUAAAAGGGUUGCAAAAAGGUUUUUAAAAUAAAGACUAGGAACAAAGUGAAAAGCAAACCAAUCUUCCAGUCCUUCUACCAUAAUAAACAAUAACACUAAACAUUUGGGAACAAUUUGCAGGCCUUUGAAGACAUAUACAUUGAACAGAGGAAGACUAUAAAGAUCAUUCUAGAAUACGCUGACAAGGUCUUCACCUACAUCUUCAUUCUCGAGAUGCUUCUGAAGUGGGUAGCAUAUGGAUAUCAAACAUACUUCACUAAUGCCUGGUGUUGGCUGGAUUUCCUGAUUGUUGAUGUAUGUACCCUAAGAGUUUUAUUUAUAUAUAUUUAUAUGUAUAUAUGUAUAUAUAUACAGGUGUGGAGUGCUCAUGUUUUUUAGGGUGCCAGCCAGUUAGCAUUGACUUUUUCAGAACUUAUCCAUACCACUUCAAUUUCCCUUUCCCUUUCUCUCAAACAGCCAAUCAACAUUGUGCAUGCACUGAGCAUGCUCAGGACUCACUGGCCUUCCCUCCCCACCCCCAAAAAUAUUUUUGUGCUUUUCCUAAUAUUGGGAUUCCACCCGCACCCCACCCCCGGCCUACUGAUGCCUGUCUCCUGUGUGUGGAUUGUGCCAUUUUCCAUAGGGGUCCACUCUGAAAAUGAGUUCAUAAUUAAUAUUAGAUCCUUCGCAAAUAAUAAUAAUAAUAAUUACCAUAAAAGAUAAGCACAUAACCCAUUUUCCACAUGGUGGAAGAACAAUCACUCUAAUAUUGCCUUGGAAUAGGCCAUUAGCAAGUAGUGUAUUGCUUUAAAACUUUAGAAUGCAUUAGCAUCGUAUUAGCAAACUUCACAGAGUUCUACUAUUGUGGAUUUCAUAUCGGUGGUAGCCAACGUGGUACUCUCCAGAUAUGGGCUAAAACUUACAUCAGCCUUGACCAUUGGCCAUUCUGGCUGGGCCUGAUGAAAAUAGUGGUCCUAAAUAUCUGGGGGGGGGGGGACAAUACAUUGGUUAUCCCUAUUCUACAGCAACACUUGGUACUGACAAGUGCCAUCCGCUAUUAUGAUUACAAAUCAUAACAUCUGGAAUGCCCUUUUGCAUUUAUUUUUUUUAAAAAACACAUUAAAAUCUUGCAUCAUGAGAGAAUGCAAAUUAAAUCUCAAAGAGAACAACAUUUAAAUUAUAUAUUCACUUAAGAAUAUAUAAACAUUGUGAAAAGUCAAACCAAACCUUUUUAAAAAACGGAUAAUUCUCUCCAGUCUUACAUAUUUUACUGCAGAGAAAGAUUUUCCAGGCUUUAACAUACAGUGUUCCUGUAUGGGACCCAACCUUGCACCUCAGUGGUCCUCCCAAAAUAGCCAAAGUGUGUGUUUUUACCCCUUGCUGUGUUGAAAUAUUCGUUCUUAGCUGUACUAGGCCCUGUUACACAUUUCCAGAGUCAACUGAGAAACCCAUUUUGACCACUGCAACCCAUUCGCCCAACUUUCAUAUGGUGAGCUAAUGUAUGAAUUAAAGGUCCAAAGUUGGCUGUACUGGAUGAUGUGCUUUUGAGUGCUUAUAGUCCUGUGAUUCCUUCAAACUCCACAGUCCUGAAUCUACAAAGCCUUAUAGCAUAAUAUAAUGCAAAGUGGCAAUUUUUCUUUUUCUUAUUUUUUUUUAACAGGUAUCAUUGGUUAGCUUAACAGCAAAUGCAUUGGGUUACUCAGAACUUGGAGCCAUCAAAUCCCUUAGGACACUGAGAGCUCUGAGACCUUUACGGGCCUUGUCAAGAUUUGAAGGGAUGAGGGUAAGAUGAAAUGAGAGAAAAGUCUGCCAGACAUAAAACGCAUGCCUAAAUGUAAGGAAUGUUCUGUGCAUGCCUUUGUGAGGAAUGACAUAACCAUGCAGAAAUGCUGCCCUUUCAUUCUAUUGCACAUUUAUCAGUAAUAGAUAAGCAGAAAGCUUCAUUAGCAAACCUUAACCCUUUAUUCAGUACCACGCAUAAGCUGUGUGCAUUUAUAUUACUUUACUUUCUAGCCGAUUUGAGGAGUUUGUCAGAUUUGCUAAUAGUGAUUUGAAAGGUGAGUUGAUGCUGUGUCAUUUUGUUUCUGAUAAAUUAAAUAUUUUUUACUUCAUUAUCUAGUUUACACAGCUUGUUGAAAGGGUGUGCUGCUUUCAUAAAUCCAGAUCUGUAAGCUCUCUUGCUAGUUAAAUUAACGGAGAAUUAAUUUAUUCCCACUGAAAUUAAUGGCUUCAGUUUAGAAUUUCAUUCAGUAGGUCAAAUUUGAUUACUAUCAGGUCUCCAUAUAGGUCUCUGUCCCUCUCUCUUUCCCUCUCUCAGUUUUUGACAAUGAACUACUUAAACCUAGUGGCAUACAAGGACAACUAGUAAUCAUACCAUGUAGACGACUCAGUAAGAUUUAAUUUUUUUAUGGUCUCACUGAUUGGACUAAACUUGCUUACGUGACUAAUUUAACCAGACAACUCAAUGGAUUAUUUUUCUUUCUUUUUCACAAUAGCUAAUAAUUUCCAAAACAGUUAAAGUAAUUCCAGCAAUCCCCCAGCAUUAUCUACACAAAUCAUGCAGUGUUACAUGUUUUCUUUCUGGGGUAAGUCAGGACCACUGCUUAACAUUUAUCUGGGAAAAGUUCCUUACCGCACUAUACCCCUGUUUUCUUCUGUUCCUUAAAGUUACUGGGUGAAUUUGUGCCUGUGUUGAAGUCACCAGCAAAACUCCAAAGACUUCCGUUAAAAACAUUCAUUUACACUCCCUAUACAACCUGAUCAAAACUGCAUGUUGUUCAAACCUGUUAUUUUUAGAGAAUGCUUUUUUUUUGCCACUUCAUGGAAACAUAAGAGGAAACAGCUUUUGAAUAAUGAUAAAAGUAAACCUUUCUAGUGAGAUGGGCAGCCGAUAACAUAACAUGCUGUCUAAUUACUCAUGAGAUGUAAAAGCCACAUCAGUACCAUGAAACAAAAUUCUGAAUACUGGAGCUCAGUUCCUCAAAUUGUAUCCAUCAGGUUGCAUAUAUUUUCUUCAAAAUUUCUAAGAAGAAAUAUUGUAAAUUGAAACUGACUCGAUACAUGAAUUUCAGGUGCAUCUAACCACCCCUUAAUUUCAACAAAUCCUUUUAAACAAGAAAUUCAUGAAUUGAGAAGUCAGCAGUGGAAUAGGGUAAGAGCUGGUCAAUUGCUGUAGUGUUCACGAACAUUCAUUCAGUUUUUUAACUGACUAUUUGGUUUAUCCAUGUUCAUACUUCUUUUUAUUUACUAGUCAUGAACAUUCUUGCAAAUAUGUUUUUGUUGGCACAAAUGUUUGGGGAACUGUUGUCCUUUGUACUCAUUCCUAAGUAAUCUACAAGAAUAGCAAUGCUGCUAAAUGUUCAUGUAAUACGAGUACCAAGAAUAUGGCGACCUGAAAAUAAAUAAAUUUCAAAAUUUCUGGUUCAUAUGAAUAAGGAAUAUGAUUAUACUAGGUUUCAUUUUUCCAUUCACAAUCUCCGUUGCGAUUUUUCUCUUUAAUGAUAUUUAAAAGGAACCAAGGAGUCGUGUACACAACAGUAUCAGUUUUUCACAAUUUCCUGUGCAUGUUCUCCCACUUAAAGGCUCUCUCUCAUUAAGCCAAAGAACAAAAUAAGCAACAUAUGGCUGAUAAUUCAAAGUCAAUUAUAAACAGAUUAAAUGGAUUAAGGGCACAAACAACUUGAACAGUAAACAUUAUCUGUCCAAAGCACUUGGCCCAAAUUUAGAAAUCAGUGUGUCCAUUCACAGAAAUUCACAGAAAUCAGUGUGUCUGUUAAUGAAUGAUUCGUGAACAGGAAAAAAAAUCUCAGACAUAAAACCUGACCAGCUCUCAAAGGAGUCACUGAACUGCACUCUUUUGAGACAGUUUUCAUUUCAGCAACUUCAUUUUGUGGGGACAUGGCAAAGGCAGGAUUGGGUUGGUGGCAGAGAAAUGAUGAAUGAAAAUCAUUAAUGCCUCCUUGUUUUCUUCCAUGAUAACUGCAGCACUGAACUAGUGCCAAUACAGUGCUUCCACAUAGAGACAGAAUAUUACAAGCAAGUCAUUCUGACAUUGCAAAUGAGUCAUGGGCACCAGGUUUUCUUCUUAGUCUACUGGAUGUUCUGCAGAAAGUGUAAAUCUGGAUUAAAUGGGUGGGGGGGAGAGACAUAUGAGCAGAUAUUUUGAUGCUAUGUUGAAGAAACCUGCAUGCAUGAUCAGUAGAGGGCUACCUUGGAAGUCGAACAAAAUCCAUUCCGGAAGUCCAUUUGACUUCCAAAACGUUCGGAAACCAAGGUGUGGCUUCCGAUUGGCUGCAUUCCUCCAGCCAAUCAGAAGCCACAAAAGUCACGUCAGACGUUUGGCUUCCAAAGAACGUUCACAAACUGGAACACUCACUUCCGAGUUUGGGGCGUUUGGGAGCCAAAGCGUUCAACUUGCAAGGCAUUUGGGAUCCAAGGUAUGACUGUACUGAUCCCACAAUAAACAGCUGUCUCGAAGCACCCUGGGCCCAAUAGCAUGCUUCACAAAAUUUGUUAUAAUAUCUUUCUAUGUUUGGCAUUGCUAAUCUUCCACAGGGACUCCAAAGCUUCUCCAGUAGUAUCUGCUAUUGGUCUUCUGGGACUUCCAUUCUCAGCAUGACUCAAAUAAUACCAGGUUUUUCUGACAAGCCGUGUUCAGAGUCUGGUGCUGAACUGGGAAUUCAUGACCUCUAACUGAAGCAGCCAAAGAGCCAAAUGGCUUUAGAGGCUACUUUGGAGUGAAAGAUGACAAGCACUGCAUCUCGAUUUGAGGAUAAUUUAGAGAGAUGAAAACUGUUACAGAAUUAAGGGCCAGUCUUGUGAGGGAAAGAAGGCAUCAUAAACAAGACCUUUAGUUAACCACUUUGUAGUCUAGUUGGCGAUAAAAAAUACUGUUCAGAUUUAAAUGAAACUGAGGUCAAGCAUCAACUGUCUUUUUUAAAAAAUGUGUUAUUUAAAAAAUGGUUUUGUUUAAUUGACUGGUGGAAUAGACCACACCAAAUUUUAAAGCAGCUUGCAAAAAAACACACCAAAAAAACCAUGAAAUCAGAACCUAAAAUUCUGACCUGUUGUUCUUACCUAUCAAGUUUGGGUUUUCACAUAUUUGUAUCAUUAUACUUAAAUGUGGAGCUUUAAAUUAACUUCAUAUGAUUUCUCUGUUCGAAAUUUGGUAAAAUUAUUCCUAUGCGGAAGAAAAAUCCAAGACCUAAGGACAAUGUAAGUCUGUGAAGUAUAACAACUAUUUUAACAUGCACAACAGGGACAGGGGAAUUAUUUAUCAAAGUAAGCGUUUAAAAAAUGCAAGGCUGUUGUGUUAUUGUGAGAACUGUUUAAAUAUAUUCAAAAGUAAAUUUAAACCAUCCUAACUCCACAGAGGUGCUGGAAGGCAAAGUAAAUAAUCGCUUUUAUGUGAAUUAAAUCUGUCACAGAUUGGAAGCUAUAUUCUAAUCUCAGUGCACGUAAAUCAAUGCUUAUAACUACAUGCAAAGUGAGAUUUGAAUAUACCCAUUGCUUUAUAUUUACCAUUUUUAAAACUCCCUGUAAUGUAAUGAUCUUGCAGUAGUUCAAAAUAUGUAAAGCAUGUGUUUAUGUGUAAACUCACUGAAAGAGAGCAUGUUACGCCGUGCUUGAUGUAUUUUUCUUAGAGCAGUAAAGCGGAAAAGGAGUUUUUAAAAAUUAAUCCACCUUGCAGUUUUAGUUUUGCAUGUCUUAUGCACAUUUCUGGCUGAUUGCUUUAAAGUGAUAUCAUAUUUCAAAUUUCCAGUCCAGUUUCCGAGACAGCAACAUGAAAAGCAAAUUGGUAUCUUUAUUCUGUACAAUUCAGAAGAUAUGCUUAAAAAUGCCUCUUACAUUGAUGCAGUAAUAACUCUUUUUACAAUUGACAGAAUCAGAAACAUGUUUUCCAUUUCUCCAGGUCUAAUUAUUGAAUUAUCUUUGCAUAGCCAAUUUAUUUUUAUGGGUGAGGUGGACAGCUAAUUCCUCCUUCAAUCCUUCUGCAGUAAUUAAUUACUUUUCGCAGCUUGAUAGUUUCACACAGCUUUCGCCCCUAGAUUGUUUCAUUCUAUAAGGCCAGAAAUAAUGACAAGAGAGAAACAUUAACAAAGGCUAAGAUCAAUGGGUUGGAGUCAAAGGUGGUGUUCUGGUCAUGGAAGGGUUAUUCAAACUCCACAGUAGAGUGCCAUGUAAGAAAGGUGAAACCAAGACUGACAUACACCAGGAAUGGCUAACUUAUGGCUCUCUAAAUGUUGAUGGACUCCAGCUCCCAUCAUCCUUGACUUUUGACCAUGCUGGUUAGACCUGAUGGGAGUUGGAGUCCAGCAGCACUGCAGGGCCAGAACUUCCCCACCCCUGCCAACACAUUUGUUCUGAAAUGAUGAGCAUUUCAAGUGAAUUUUGUUAAGGCUGAAGAAAAAUUCAUAUACUUGAGAUUUAACCAGUUCUGUGACUUUAUUUAUAUCAAACUGUCUCCUUGUGAGAAAGAAAAGAGAAUAAACAAACGUUCAGCUCCAAAAUAUCCCCUGACCAAAAGCCCUCUAAAUGCCAAGCAUUAUGUUCCACCAUAAUGUGAUAAUUCAAUCGCCAUGCCAACUCCUCCCUCCCCCCUGAUUUUUACUGCCAUGUAAACUACCUGUACUGUAACCUUCCAAUUUACAUGUUGGGGUUCCACCUUAUAGGACAAAGCUUUAUCCUGAAAGGAGAACCUGCAGCAGAAUACUGUAGUGUGAAAUGCUCCUGCUCAGGCUUUCAGCCAGCCAUUCCCUCUUCCAGGAUACUCUAUUCCACUCACCACAGUUAAUAAUAAUAAUAAUUUAUUUAUACCCCGCCCAUCUGGCUGGGUUUCCCCAGCCACUCUGGGGGGCUUCCAACUGAACACUAAAAUACAAUAACCUAUUAAACAUUAAAAACUUCCUUAAACAAGGCUGCCUUCAGAUGUCUUCUAAAAGUUUGGUAGUUGUUUUUCUCUUUGACAUCUGGUGGGAGGGCGUUCCACAGGGCAGGCACCACUACUGAGAAGUUUUCCAUUUCCUCCCAACAUUCUGUGCCCACUGAGCAUGCUCAGUCUUCAAUACACUGUCAGGGGCCCCCUCCUUUUAUAGUUUUUCCCUAAAUAAUUUCUUACUUCUGCUAAUCUUGGGUCCCCCCCCCCAAAAAAAACCACAUCUUGUGUGUGGAUGGUGCUGUUUUGCCUAUGUAAGGAUAGGCACUUGGGGAAUGAGCUUGCUAUUAGUAUAUCAUGUUCUAUUUAACCAUCAGCUAGGCAAGAUGGCCCCAUAGUCACAUGAGUUCCCCACAGCGCUGCUCAAGGUUUAGGAGAGCAGCAAGGAGGCUGUCACCUUAGAAGGCAGGGCCUGCCUUCGAGAGCACUCAUCCUUCAUUCCCUAUGGCCGCUGCCAGCUGCACAACUUAAGCGCUGGGGUACAGCAAAAAGAGCCUAGAAUGCUGUUUCCAAAAUAACCACAGCAUGCGACUAUAUGGGAAGUGGUGUUGGGAGAAGGGGCAUGACCUAAUCCUGACGCUUUUGAGAGAAAGGAAACCUUGCUGCAGCGUAGUUAGCCAGGCUUGAAGCAAAAUCAUUUCAAAGCACUGCCAUGCACAACUUUCUAAGUUGGGAAAGGAGCUUUCUAAGCAGCUGUGUGAGCUCCAAGGACACACACCCCCCCCCGAAGUUAAUAACUUGUGUUUGGACUGGGUUCUGAGGGCCUGUUCUGGUUGUUCCUUGGUAUUUUUACAGUCAGCAAGGCUUUGCAAAAGCCACAACACAGUUUGUGCAUCACAUUGUGGUCAAACCAUUGUUGAAAUGAACCAUGGCUUAUGUGUAACGAGCUAACGCAUGCUGCUAAAAUCACGAGCGUUUCUCCUCUACUGCUGCCGUGCUGCCGGGAAACGAAGCCUAGGCAGGGUUGCAAUCAAACCUGGGCUCACGGUGGUUUGUUUCUCUCUAAAGAAACCGCAAGUGGUAACCAAGGUUUGUUUUUGGCAAGCUUGUUUCCCAGCACUGCACCAGAACACUGCACAUUUGCAGCAAACUGUGGUUUCAUUUUAACGAUGGUUUAACAAGACUUGCAAACCAGGCCUCUAGUGCUCACUCCUCUGAAGGUGAUUGAUGCUAGGAACAUGCAUUUAAAAACUCACUAACUGUAAACAAAGCGCAUAUCUCCCUGAUCCAGUUACAGGCUUUUUCUGCAUGCGUAUCCCUCCCUGGAUAUGAAGCCACAAAUAGGUCCUGCUUGUGCAGUUCUGCUGCUCAAUCCAUUGAUCUAUGCAUUGUGGACCGUGCAUGAAGAGCCCUCUUGGGGAAAAAGUUAAAUCCCAUCAAUUAGAAAAAGGAUGGUGGUCAGGAACCCUCUCUCUCUUUCUCUGCCAAAGACCCCAUCAGUAGGAUUUGGGUUUUUGGAGAGGGUUCCUCAAAUAAAGUUGUGGUUGUUCUGUGCCUACAUGUUGGAGUACAGCCAUGCUAAUUAAUGCUGAAAAGGAAGUGUAUUCCACAUUUAAAUAUUAAUAACCUCUCCACCGUCCCCAUCCCCCCAAAACAGUGUAGCAGUUUUGGGGAGGAAAGAAAACUUGGGUUGGAUCUAUAGGUGCCAUUCUGUUUCUAGAAGGUCCUUUGAGCCAACAGGGGCUCCCACUAACAUAAGGUGGAGAGUGAACAUUCACAGAUUCCCCCAGUCCGCCCCCUUGGACCCCCGGAGCAGAUAUCUAGGGGACUGCAGAGGGAGUGACCUUUCCAUGAGUGGAACUCCACUCAAGGGAUCUUAGGCUCGUUAACAUCUUAGGUUUCUUGAUAGCAUUCUUCCCAGUCAUGUUUUAUUAGAUAAACUUACAGAUGUAUUGCAGUCAAUAAAGUAAGGUGUUUCUUGAUUUAGUCAAGGAGUCCAUUGUGUUUAAAUGUUUUUGAUACUUUCAUUAAACACCUAGCUAUAAGGACAUACGAAUUUUUCAUUUAUUCAUUUUUAAACAAAAUGUUUAAACUGAAAAUAGAUUCAUUUUCUCAAUAAAGACUGGAGCUUGAAAUAAACUAUGUGAUUAUUUAAAUAAGCACAUAUUGCAAAACUGUCUGGCUUUCUUCUGCAAAGAAAUUAAUCUUUGUAAUAAUAAUGCAUGGUUAACUGUACAAGAUAUAUAUAUACUAAUCUUGACUAAUUCUUUGAUAACAUUAUUGACAUUUUGUGUUUUUAGUUUUAAAGAAAUUAUACAGUCAUUUCAGUUUAUAUUUUAAUUUUCUGUAUUAGUAUUUUAACAUAUAUCUCUUUUUUUACAGAGAUCAACAAUCUUCAUGUUACUAUUAUCAGGUUUUUUUAGUUUUUACUUUUAUUUAAGUAUUUUAGUUUUCUCAUCUUUGAUGUUGUUGCAUAUGUGAAAGUUUUCUUUAAAAUAGGGACUCUGUUGCAAUCAAAAUUGUGAUUAGCAAUUUAAUAAUUCACUCUAAAAAAUAAAAUAAAACAGAAAAAUUAUGCAUUGGUGCAACAGAGUGAUUAUGUUAUUGCUGUAAGUAUUCUUAUACUCUUUUUCCCCCUCCUGUAUUUGUGUAUUAGGUGGUUGUGAAUGCCCUUCUAGGAGCGAUUCCAUCCAUCAUGAACGUGCUUCUCGUUUGUCUUAUAUUCUGGCUAAUUUUCAGCAUCAUGGGAGUAAACUUGUUUGCUGGCAAGUUCUACCACUGCAUUAAUACCACAACUGGUGACAUGUUCACAAUCGAAGAAGUUUUCAAUAAGAGUCAGUGUGAGGAGCUCAUACAAAGAAAUGAAUCCGCCAGAUGGAAAAACGUGAAAGUUAACUUUGAUAAUGUAGGAUUUGGGUAUCUUUCUUUACUGCAAGUAGUAAGUGAACACUCUUUACAGACUACUUCUUGUUUACUUAGUGUACAAUAAAAAGUUCAACUAUUUUGUCACUUACAGUCUGAUCAGGCUCAUAGGAAUUUGCUAGGAAUUCGGUGGUAGGAGGGUCAUGGAAUCACUGUAGACUGCCAGAAUAUAAAAUGAAGGUAGCCUAAAAUGUUACUUUGAGGCUGUGGGACUAGGUCUCGGGAGAGCCAGUUUCACCUUCUGGGCACUCAUUAGCUAUUUGCCAACUCUCAAACUAACCUACCUCACAGUGAGCAUAAAAGUGGAAAAGACGCAUGCACCAUCUUCAGCUCCUUGGAGGAAAGUGAUAUAUUUAUGAUAUGAUAUGAUGUCUGUUCAGAAGUCAGUCCCAUUUAGUAUAGAAUUGUAGACCCUCCCAGGGGCAUAGCGUGGGUUGCCAGUGCCCAGAGCCAUCUGCGUCACCCAGAAGAUCACAGCUGCCGAGAUAAGAAAAGAAGAGUUGUCCUGUUGUCUGGGGAGGUCACUUCCUGGUUUGCAUGGGGAAGCCGUUUUCAAUGGAGCCCAGCAACAGAAGUGCGCAGCUGUACUGAGGCAGCACCUGGUGUUGAAAUUUUGUGUCCCUAACCAUUUAGCAUCCGGGGCAACCACCCCUUUGCCCUCUGCGCGCUAUGCCACUGGUCCCACCUUUUAUUCUGCAUAGCCCUACCCAGGGUUUUAUUUCUUGGUCAAGCUACAAGGUGAUGCUCAAGUAUGCUGCUAAAGAAUCUUAGGAAACAUCUUUCAUAGAGAGAGCUGACAUGCAUAAUUCUCCUAGUCAUUUAUUUAGAUUAGUGCUUUGUAGCUGCGAUCAUCUGAACAAGGACUAUAAGUAUAAACGCUAGUGGCACUGGUUAAGAAUAAAAAUUGUCCUUGAAUUUUUGUGAAAUCAGUGAAUAUGGUUGGAUAGUAUAUAACAAGAAGCUGACAUUUCUUUAAAAAAACACCAGUCCUUUAAGUAUAGUUCUUUAGAGUGUUAUAAUUGCUCACCAACCUACAAUAAAUAAAUAAAUGGGGCAUCUGGAUUUCCUUCUUUGGUAGCAUGGACUCUUCUGCAUUAGAACAGGCAGUGGGCAUGUAGGUGAGAAUAAUUAUCCCACCUACAGGGAAGUCAGUCCUAUUGAACACUGUGAGUGGAAUCCAGCAUGGUACUAAGGAAAUCGUUCUAUCCCUGCAAGGAUUUCUGCUUGCACAGCAAGUUAAUUAACAUGCAUAAUAAGCAGGGGUGUCAACUUGAAUAAAAUAUUUGAAGUGGGGCAGUUAAGCCCCACCCUGCAUCACUGAUCACAAGACGCAACGCACCCACACAAUUUCAAUGGCAAUGCCCAUCAACUUGGGGGGGCAGCCCCCUCAAAUAUUUUAUGGAGGGAUGGAAGGACCUCAGCCUCUAGGAGUUUGCUCCUAUGAUAAUAAGUAUCAUUGUAGUAGAAAUGCGGGGGGGUUAAGUUCUUUAUGAGCCUGUUAUAUCUUAGGAUACAUUAAAGUACCUUAUUUCCAUAUUGCCAAAGGUAUCAUCUUUUGUAUCUGUGCUUUGUAUAAUGAACUGAAAUAUUGAAACCUUUGUUUGCGUCUGAAUUUUCUUAACUGUAUCAGCUGGAGCAGGACUAAGUUAGGCCUCCUUGAAAUCAGUGGGACUUAAGCCAGGUCAUGACCAUCAUGCCAAUUUGAUUUAGUUGGGACCAAUUUUAUUUCAUGGGGAACGAAGCUUAACAAAUUUACAUCACAAUCCUAUGCACGUCCACUCAGAAUGAGUUCCAUAGAGUCAAUGGGGCUUAUUCCCAUUGGAGGCAUGCUUACUUGUCAGUGAGUCUCUUUGAACUUAACGGAACUUACUUUUGACCAGUAUAGCAUUCCACUGCAUGGCAGGAUCAAGCCCACUGAAAGCUUGAACAGCUCCCCCUUUACUUUAGUCCAUAGUUAUAAUAUAUGUAUAUGUAAAGCAUUUCCUAUUGGUAACUCUGGUACAAGACAUUGAGCACGGCUGUGAGUUCAGAGUUUUAUGUUUAAAAUGUUUUCUUGACGCAGGCUACAUUUAAAGGAUGGAUGGACAUUAUGUAUGCAGCGAUUGAUUCAAGAAAUGUAAGUACUUUGCAUUCUUUGCCACACAAAGACUCUAGAAUUCUGCUGAUGAAAUGCGCUUGAGGAUAACAUUAAUGUAAACAUGAAUUAUGUUCAAAUUCAAUAGCACCCUAAUUGGUUUGUGUUCGUUUAUACUUUGCUGCAAGCUGCCCAGAGUGGCUGGGGUAACCCAGGCAGAUGGGCAGGGUACAAGAAGUUUAUUAUCAUUAUUAUUAUUAAAGAUGGGCGGGGUACAAGAAAUACCAUCAUCAUCAUAACAUAAAGAAUUCCAGGCAUGCUGACCAUUAAAGUGAAGAUAUAGCAUUGCUAUGGGACUCUCCGGAAGUGCUUUUGCAUUGUGCUUUUAUGAUCAUUUGUACUUAUGGUGGUGGCUGUACACAAUCCUGCACUGGUUUCAUACCACAAACGGUGGCAGCAUUGUAUUGCUUUUGUUGUGCUGGAGUGCAAGAGUGCCCCUCCAGAUGCCAAUAGUGCAGUAACACUGGGGAAGCAUCGCAGAACUAAUAAGGUGUGUUGGUGCCCCCGUAUAAAUUUGUCACUAAUGCUCUAUUACUACAUCAUUGACAUGUUCAAUUAUACACCUGCCAAAGCACACACAUUCACACAUCUGGAGGGGUCCAGAGUUGUCUUGAUGCCAACUUGCAAGCUUUUUUAAAAUAAACUAUGUUGAGGUUUCACAAUCAUUUCGCUUACUUUGUAGGUACUACAGCAGCCUAAAUAUGAAGACAACCUUUAUAUGUACCUUUACUUUGUUAUCUUCAUAAUCUUUGGGUCAUUCUUCACCCUGAAUCUAUUCAUUGGCGUCAUCAUUGAUAACUUCAAUCAGCAAAAAAAGAAGAUAAGUAUUUUACCUGUGUUACCUUUAAAGCUCACGUCAUAAACUUUGGCUAAAUCAUGUGAACCGAUUAAAUGAAAUACCGUAUUUUUCGCUCUAUAGGACACACCGGAUCAUAGGACGCACCUUGUUUUAGAGGGGGAGAACAAGAAAAAAAAUCUCCCCCUCUCUGCUCAGCGCCCCUUCAGCGAAGCAGCAGGAGAAAUGGAGCCCCUUCCAUUUCUCCUCCCGCUUGGCUGAAGGGGCGCUGCGCAGCUCUCCCUCUCUGCUGAAGCCAGGAGAGUGUGCGCACCGACCCCUCUCGCUCUCCAGGCUUCAGCGAAAGCAACGCGAAGCCUCCGGAGCGCGGAGGGAGCGCUCCCUCUGUGCUUCAGAGGCUUCACGUUGCUAUUGUUGAAUCCAAGGAGCCUGCAUUUGCUCCAUAGGACGCACACACAUUUCCCCUUAAUUUUUGGAGGAGAAAAAGCGCGUCCUAUAGAGUGAAAAAUACGGUAGUUGCUCUGACUUUUAAAGGGAAAAGUGGAGAGACCUAUACAUAUUCAUGGCCAUUUGGGAGAGAACCUUACCUUGCAAAACAUUGAAGAGCUGCAAUGUUUGGACAUUGGAAAGAAGUUCCUGCGGAGUGGUCUUUCAGAAUGCAGGGGCAGUUAAGGUUUAUAUUGGAGGUGGGUAAUCUGUGCUCCUUCAGAUGUUGCUGGACUACAAAUCCCAUCACCCCAACCAUUAGCUGUUCUACCUGGGAAACAUAUGGAAAGCCACAAUUUCCCUACCCAAUUUCUACAUAAAAUCUUCCAUUCUUACUGAAUUGAGCCUAAAUUAAAAUUAUUAUUCUACAAUCAGUAAAUGGGCACAACCGUUUAAAGGGUAUCACCUUUUACCGGCAUCGCUGCAAAAUUUGGAAGAACCUCAUUGUAAAAACUAAUUAAGCCCAAUAUUUGUUUUUCUUUUGAUUAUGAAUAUGGAAUAUAUGCAAGUAAGUGUAUAGGCCAUCAAUGAGAAUGUGAUUAUAACCAUUUUUCAUGUUAUGCCCUUACUUUGGAGGUCAAGAUAUCUUUAUGACAGAAGAACAGAAAAAGUACUACAAUGCAAUGAAAAAGUUGGGGUCUAAAAAGCCUCAAAAGCCUAUUCCUAGACCAGGGGUAAGUGAGUCUAUUCUAGAUUGAAAGAUUCGUUUUAAAAACAGCAAAUGAGAAGUGAGUUUCUGUAAACUGGAGAGAGCAAUCAAUAUUUGAAUACAUUUAAGUGAGUUUGUUUUUCUUGGUUUGGGGCAUGCAUGUUGUUGUUGUUUAGUCGUUUAGUUGUGUCUGACUCUUCAUGACCCCAUGGACCAGAGCACGCCAGGCACUCCACUGCCUCCGCAGUUUGGUCAAACUCAUUUUGGUAGCUUCGAGAACACUGUCCAACCACCUUGUCCUCUGUCGUCCCCUUCUCCUUGAGCCCUCAAUCCUUCCCAACAUUAGGCAUGCAUAUGUGCAAACUAUUUGUACUUCUAAAGACAUCUGAAGGUAGUCCUGUACUGAAAAGUUUUUGUUUGAUGUUUCACUAUGUUUUUAUUGUGUGUGUCUAUAUCUAUAUAUGUUAUUAAUUAAGUUGUAAUCUAGCAAUGUGCACACCAGAGCCUUAACUGAUUUAAUAUCUCUUCUUUAUACCUCAGAACAAAUAUCAAGGCAUGGUCUUUGAUUUUGUGACAAGACAAGUAUUUGACAUCAGUAUUAUGAUUCUCAUCUGCCUUAAUAUGAUCACCAUGAUGGUCGAAACAGAUGACCAAAGUAAAGAAAUGGAAGAUAUUCUGUAUCGGAUUAAUCUGAUCUUCAUAGUCCUUUUCACUGGAGAAUGUGUCUUGAAACUAAUUUCCCUGCGCUAUUAUUAUUUCACCAUUGGAUGGAACAUUUUUGAUUUUGUGGUUGUCAUCCUCUCCAUUGUAGGUAAGGCCCGUUCUAAACAAAGCAAGGCAAAUGUCAAAAGUAUAUUAAAGCGCUUCAAAUGUUGCUUUAUUUCUUUCGCUGUUUUCAGUUGCUCAGCCACAUUGAUUCCUAGUUGCAUCUUCUGUAAUUGUGUCAUAUGGAUCACAAUCGUUUCUGAAUAUGUUUGACAAAUGUGCAAAAAAAGAUUUAUCUGUGUCUGUGAUGAUAGAGGUAGCUUGUAUCCAUUUCAUCCAAUGAGGGAAAUUCCAGACAGGUUAAAAUCUCAAAUUGCUAGAUCUCAGUGAGCAGGAUUUUCCUCUCCUUUUUGUCUUGGCCCCCUCACUGUUCAGUAAAGACUGGCACUCUUACGCCCACCAAUAUAUUUGGUUAGAAAGUCCCUGCAUAUUUAUCUUCCCACUUUGGAGACUGUGCAUCUCCCCUUGCCCCAGGUUUCUUUCUUAGGAAAACAUCCCCAAAAGAUGGUGAGUCACAUAUUCCACUUUUGGGAGUCCUCCUGUGGGCCAAAAUCACUCCAACGCAGGGGGGUUUUCCUCACCCUGUUUUUAUUUUUAGUAGCAUGGUAAGUAUAUUUGGUUAAGCACAUUGGAAGGGUGGGUAACAAAAAUCACACAAGCUGCUUAAAAAAAAAAAGAGGCUAUCUUUUCUAAGUUCAUUCUUACACUUGAUCUACAAACCAAUACUACCCAAAAAGGCUAUAAUUUAAAAGCUCUUAAAGAAAUGAUGAAAAGGAAAAUGUUUUUGAUGAAUGCCCCAUUUGCCUCUAUAUGUGGGAACCAGGACUGGCCCAAGACCUUCUGUUGCUUGAAGCAAAGGUGAAAAUAGCAACUACGGGUGGUGCUGUGGGUUAAACCACUGAGCCAAGGAUUUGCCGAUCAGAAGGUCAGCGGUUCGAAUCCCCGUGACAGGGUGAGCUCCCGUUGCUCGGUCCCUGCUCCUGCCAACCUAGCAGUUCGAAAGCACGUCAAAGUGCAAAUAGAUAAAUAGGUACCGCUCCGGCGGGAAGGUAAACGGCAUUUCCAUGCGCUGCUCUGGUUCGCCAGAAGCGGCUUAGUCAUGCUGGCCACAUGACCCGGAAGCUGCACGUCGGCUCCCUUGGCCAAUAAAGUGAGAUGAGUGCCACAACCCCAGAGUCAGUCACGACUGGACCUAAUGGUCAGGGGUCCCUUUACCUUUAAAGAAAUGAUGAAAAGGAAAAUGUUUUUGAUGAAUGCCCCAUUUGCCUCUAUAUGUGGGAACCGGGACUGGCCCAAGACCUUCUGUUGCUUGAAGCAAAGGUGAAAAUAGCAACCGCUACCACCACCCCACUAUGUAAAGAAGUUCACUAGAGUAACAGCUGAUUCUUAUGUCAACACUGGAGAUGGGGCAAUGUUUUGCACUACACCUGAAGGCAAUAGCCUAGCCUAUGAGGGUGGAGAACAGGCUGCCUGCACUGGUGUACUGAGGGGGGCAGGGUGAGUGCACCGGGUACCAUUUGGGGAAAGGGUGCCAUCGCGGCCACACACACACACACACCCAGGAUGCGUGCCGGGCACGUGCCCUCCAGGGACGCGUGCCAGCCAUGCCCCUGCCUGUUCUCCACUCUGGGGACUGCAGCAUGUUGCUCUGCCACUGGCUGCCUGACACGCAUAUGGUAGCUUUGUCCACCAAUACCUAUUGCCACUCCUCAUUUUGCAGCAUCUGCUGCUGAGGUGGCCAACUCAUUCGGCCUGCUAGUUAGGGCCAGAUCUAGUGGAGAUGCACAAACCCAUCCAGCUCAGCUGUCGGGGGGAACCAAGAAGUUGCUAAGUUGGAUGGAAACAGCCACCAUCCUCCUUUAAUGUCAGCCCAGCAGGCUUGCCUGUUCCAUAGGGCAGGAGCCUCGGCAUUGUUUAUUAUCUUGAUAAGGUAUGUUUUUGUUGGUUAUCACUGUCUUCUAGUAUCCAAAGUGCCUUUGUUCCAUUUCUGACAUCUGCAUAAGCCACCUAUUGCCUAAUGUGUUAUAUUUAAAUGGUUACUCCCAGAUGUGCUGCUUGAUUUAGAUUUCAAAUAACAAUAGGUUAAGAUGAAUGAAUCUAGAAAGGCUUAUAUGACAUAAUUUUCUAUGUGUUAGAUAAAAUAUAAAAGUUGACUUCUAGCAUUCUUGAGUUGUUACUGCACACUGCCAUAAAGUCAGAAACUCGGCAGUUUACAGCCCAUUCCUAUGCAUGUUUACUCAGAAAUAAGGGUUGCUUUGUUCAAUGAGAUUUACUUCUGAGUCAUUGUGCAUAGGAUUGCAGACUUUGUCACUGAAAGCUCCUUAAAGUUCACAGGUAAGUCAAGGCAGGACAUUGGCAUUGAUAAACAAUUAGCCCUAAGACUCUUGCUUAAUUGUAUUUUUAACAGGUAUGUUCCUAGCAGAGAUUAUUGAAAAAUACUUUGUGUCGCCCACCUUGUUCCGAGUGAUCCGACUUGCCAGGAUAGGUCGAAUUCUGCGUCUCAUCAAGGGUGCUAAAGGGAUCCGCACUCUGCUUUUUGCCUUGAUGAUGUCUCUCCCUGCCUUGUUCAACAUUGGUCUUCUCCUUUUCCUGGUCAUGUUCAUCUAUGCUAUAUUUGGAAUGUCCAACUUUGCCUACGUGAAGAGAGAAGUGGGCAUUGAUGACAUGUUCAACUUUGAAACUUUUGGCAACAGCAUGAUCUGCCUCUUCAUGAUCACCACCUCUGCUGGCUGGGAUGGCUUGCUAGCUCCCAUUCUCAACAGUGGGCCGCCAGACUGUGACCCUAAAAAAGACCACCCUGGAAGCUCAGUCAAAGGAGAUUGUGGCAAUCCUUCUGUUGGGAUCUUCUUCUUUGUCAGCUAUAUCAUCAUAUCAUUUUUAGUUGUAGUAAACAUGUACAUCGCUGUCAUUCUGGAGAACUUUGGUGUGGCGACCGAAGAAAGUGCUGAGCCUUUGAGCGAGGACGACUUUGAGAUGUUCUAUGAAGUCUGGGAAAAGUUUGACCCAGAUGCAACCCAGUUUAUGGAAUUUGAAAAACUCUCGGAGUUUGCAGCUGCUCUGGAACCUCCUCUUCAUUUACCAAAACCCAACAAGGUUCAGCUUAUUGCGAUGGAUCUACCCAUGGUAAGUGGUGACAGAAUUCACUGCCUUGACAUCUUGUUUGCUUUUACGAAGCGCGUCCUCGGGGAGAGCGGAGAGAUGGAUGCUCUCCGCAUACAGAUGGAGGACCGCUUUAUGCAAUCCAACCCUUCCAAGGCCUCCUACGAGCCCAUCACAACUACAUUGAAACGUAAACAAGAGGAGUUGUCCGCUGUCAUCAUUCAGCGGGCUUACAGGCGUUAUCGCCUAAGACAGACAAUACACCAAGCUUCCUUUGUAUAUAAUAAAAAUAAAUUAGAAGGAGGAGCGGGCCAACGUCUCAAGGAUGAAAUUCUCAUUGAUAAGAUCAAUGAAAACUCUUACACAGAAAAAACAGACCUGACCAUGUCCACCGCUCUUUGUCCACCAUCCUACGACCGCGUAACCAAGCCCAUUGAAGAAAAACACGAAAAAGAAGGUAAAGAUGUACAGAAGAAAAAGUAA